GCGGAGAGGAACUCGCGCCUCUGAGGCCGCCGCCUCCUUCUCCUCCUCCUCCGCCCCCCCCCUCAAACCCAGGCGGCGGCGGCAGGAGGCAGCAGCGGCAAUAACAGAAGCAGCUGCGCUGACAACAACACGUGUUCGCUCGGGCACCAUGGAAUUCGAGGAGCUGGGGAUUCGGGAGGAGUGCGGCGUGUUCGGGUGCAUCGCCUCCGGCCUGUGGCCCACGGAGCUGGACGUGCCCCAUGUGAUCACGCUGGGGCUAGUGGGGCUGCAGCACAGGUAGGGUACAUGGCGGGGGUGGGGGGUGGGCAGGCGGUUUGGGGAAGCGGGGGGAGGGUGGGUUGCUUGGAAGGCCUGGGCGCAGUUGUGGGGGCUCGAUGCACCCGUUAGGGCAAGCUCCCUACAAAGGCAACUGUUGCAUGCAACCGCACGCUAGUUCUGUAUGCAACUGCUGGGGAGAAAGUGCAUUUAAACCGGUGGGAGCGGGAUUGGGGUUUUUGGGUUGUGGAUUCCUAGGAUCGGGCUGCGCCGAGAGGCAGUAAAGAAGCGCAAAGCCGUGUCCCACCUCCGUGCACGCGUGUGCUGAGUGGAAUUGAUUUCCUGGGUUUUGCCUUUGUAAAUGUAUGCAGGAUUGCAUCCUACGGCCCUCGCUUUUUGCUGCAGUUCCCUACAUUUAAGUCCGGUAGUUGCAGGUAAGUUUAAAACUGCAGCGGUAUGCAAAACCAGGGUUGGCAUCAAACUUGCAUAGCAUCCAGAUCCUAAUUAUUGCCAUACUCAGAACCGUGUGAACUCCCAUUAUAUCCUGCCACAAACUCUAUUGGUUCGCCUAAGCACUUGGAACAGCUUAAUUUCCUGCUUGGUUAAUGCAAGCAGUCUUGUUCAUCUCAUGAUGUUUUUACAUAUAUAGAUGCAGGGCAGGAACUAUGCAGAAUGCAUCAUUGUGGCUGUGAACACACCAUGCAUUUAAAGCCCAUUGCCUCCUCCAAACACGCCUGGAAACUCAGAUUUACCCCCUCACAGAGCUAGUCUCCAGCACCCUUAACAAGCCACAGUCCACAAGAUUCUCAGAGCUACAAAUCCUGGAGUAUUUUAACAAUCAACUCCUCUUCUGAGGGAACUCUGGAAAUUGUAGCUCUGUGAGGGGAUGGGGGGGUCUCUUAACAACUCUUAGCUUCCUUAAUAAACUACAGGUCCUAGAAUUCUUGGGCAGGGGAGAGCCAUGACUGUUUAUAAAGUGGUAUAGAAUUUUAAAUGCAGGGUGUGACUGUAGCCCAAUUGCUGCUCAUGGGAAAUUAGAGGGGUGCGAAGAGAGAUACGUAAAACUGUAGCAACGGUAGCUCCAACUCUUCCAUCAAGAAGGACCCAUUUAAUUAGGCACUGCACUUCCAAUGCGCUGACCAUGUCUGACAAUGGUUCGUAAGGUUCUGAGCACCUGAACACUGCAAUCUUAUGCACAUUUGCUGGGAUGCAAAUCCUAGGAAAGUCAGCGGGACUCGACUUUUGAGUAAAUGUGCAUAGGACUGCGCUGCACAUCUCUGCUUGGGGCUUGCUUUGUCAUCAAAAUACUCGCUAAACAUUGGCUUGUCUCAUCUAGCCAAAUAUGACCAAACACCCUGAAAAUAAUAAUGGCACACACCACAGUGGUAAAAAUAGAACAAUAUAAUAGUUCAUUUUGUGUAUGCGCUAAUUUUACCCUAAAACCGGAGGUGAGUUGUAUGCCUGUAUUGAUAGGCCCUACCCCUACAUAUGAGGGACGUGGGUGGCGCUGUGGUCUAAACCACAGAGCCUAGGGCUUGCCGAUUGGAAGGUCAGCAGUUCGAAUCCCUGCGACGGAGUGAGCUUCCGUUGUUUGGUCCCAGCUCCUGCCCACCUAGCAGUUUGAAAGCACGUCAAGUGCAAGUAGAUAAAUAGGUACUGCUCCAGUGGGAAGGUAAACAGCAUUUCCGUGCACUUCUCUGGUUCGCCAGAAGCAGCUUAGUCAUGCUGGCCACAUGACCCAGGAGCUGUCUGCGGACAAAUGCCGGCUCAUCUCGCUCUAUAGGCCAAGGGUACCUAUUGAGCGAGAUGAGCGCACAACCCUAGAGUCAUCCGUGACUGAACGGUCAGGGGUACCUUUACCUUUACCCCUACAUAUAGCUCACACUUCCAUAGCUGCCUGACCUUUCUCCUCUCUACUGACUUGUCAGUCCUUAAUAUCUCUUCAUACUUGUGCGUGGACCAUUUAAUGUGCCGUGGCACCCUGGGGUGGCAUGAAUGAUAGGCGCCACGGGCAACAUUGGCCUCUGUCCCUCUUUCCUUCCCUUCCUCCUCUAAUGCCCUCUUGCAUCUCUGCCUCCCCAAGGCUUGUACAGCUGUUUAUUGAAGCAGACCUGACUGUAGGCUUUGCAGGCAAAUAGUGCCUCUGGGAGGCACCUCUCUUUGGGGCAAGGGGGGGCAGCUCAGAGACCAGGAGCAGCAGCAGUAGCUGCCCAGAAGACUCCCAAGGAGAGGGGAGAGGAGAGGAGGCUGAGGGAACACUCCAUAAGGAAGGGUGUUGGAAAAAGGGUGAGAGGCUGCCAGCUCUGCAGGCAAGGGGUGACAUAACAGGGGUGCUGCAGAAAGACUGUAGUUGGUUAAGGGAGCCGUGGACUCAAAAAGGUCAAAAACCUCUGUAGCAGAGUAUAUGUCAACUUGACAGAGUAAUGUAUCCUUGGAUGCAUUCACACAUUACGCCAAAUCAUAGAUUAGUACCCCUUGCACAAGAAACAACACUAGCUUGGUUUGUGUGACACAGUAAGCCAAGCUUUAGUUUAGUAAGAGCAUGGGGACUCCUAGAGAGGAGCUCACAGACACUUUGCUCCACAGUCCUCUUUGCUGCUCUCUUGCACUAGGCCAAGGUUUAAGUUUAGCAUGCACACCAUCCAAACAGGGACUCACGAUUAAGCUCUGUUCCCCAACCACAAACUGGUUAGCGUUAGCCGUGGUUCAGGAAAACAAAAUAGUUUCAAACAGUGGUUAAUGAUCCCGGCUUGUUUCCGUUUCCUAAACCAUAAAUUACCUUGGCCGUAGUUCUUGGCUUGAACAUUAUGGUCUGGUUUAAAUGAUUGUUCCUUGAUUUUUAAAGCCGAGAACAAGUAUUGAAGCAGACAGCCCAUCCCCUUACUUUAGCACUUCAUCUAUGGUUUGCAUUAAGCCAGAAUUCCCUGUUACCUCAACCUGGGGAAUUCUGACUUAGCAUCAGUGAACAAACCAGGAAUACAAAGGUGAUGCAAGUCAGAAGCAAAGCACCAAAGAGGUGCAGAAGGGCCUUAUCGUUUUAGCAGGGCUUGCCCUUGGCCCCCAAUGCUCAUUCCAGGCUUCACAAGCAAGAAGAGGCAUCUGGGGGCGUGCAUGAGCCCAAGGCUUGUGCUCGCAACACUAAACUGUGACUUAGUAUUACGUAUGAAUAAUCAGGCCAAUACGUUUGCAUAGUUUUAGACAUCGAGACAUUUCAUUUUUGGCAACAGUGAUGUAUUCACAUGAAUUGGCACUAGCAAUCUGAUCUGUAAAAAGAGUGUAUGGGAGGCAGGCACCGCCCACUCCUGUUUUUCACCUCCCUGCUGAUGGUUGGUUCUCACUUUGACAGUGAGACAAGAACAGAGAAAAGAGCCUAGAGUGGUGGGUUGAGUUACGGUGAAACAGGAUGGGACGGCUCUUGCAUGGUACUUUUACUGUCCAAGAGCCAACACUACCUGCUUGCUUCAUAUGUCACUUGAGCAGAGAAAUGAAAGGCAGUGGCCCCGUUGCAUCUAAUUUGGCCCUUUUGAAUUAAGUCAAUUGCAAUUUGGAGAAAGACCUCUUAAAAUGCUGCAAAUUACCUGUUGUAUAUGUUGCUGUUUCACACAAAAUGGCAUUGGUUCUGCUAUGAAUCAUAUGAUUAAACUGAAGAUAGUGAAAUGGGGAAGGGGGGAGUUUGAAGGCAUCUGAUUUGAGAAAGGCACAUUAAAAAUAAUGCUUGCUUAAGUGUCCAGAAACUUUUCCAUACAAGAUGGCAUAGGUUUCAGUCUCAUGAAGUGAGUGAAUAGGCCUUUCAGCCAACAACAGUGUCUGUUUAGGAAAUCCUUCCUAAAAAUAAUACGAUACUUGAGGUUUGGUCUGUUAGGAACCUUAGGACACAUUCCCACAACAAUUAGUGUUUGGCUUCACCAUAUACCUUAUAAUGGGUACAGGGGUAAGUCCUUCUGAAGUUUUGUGUUGAGGCCAAUUUCUACAAAAAAUGUCACAGGUCUCAACCAUGUACAGGCAAUAACCGAUUUAUGUGCAUCCAAUUUAUGUGCAUCCAAUGACUGUGUAUGCGCACAUCAUGGUCGACCUGGAAGUGGCCAGAAAAAUAGGUGGGGCAGGCUUAUGCACAGUCCACCAUUGUACAUGGUGACCCAGAACGCAAUUCCCAUGCAAACAGGGAGUUGCCUGUACAUUAGGAUGCAACUCAACAUACUUGAGGAGUUCUUGGGGGUACCCUAAAGCCUAAAUACUAAUAACAUAUUUUAUAGGAUUCAUGCUUCAUGUGUUCAUAUACAAAAGCUGUCUGUUGCAAUGCCUGAAACAUACAUACUUCAUCUGCUAUGCAAAACCACCGCAAGCUGUUGAUCUAUCAAAUCUAGCCUUUUUGUUACUUGCAAACAUGAGAUAGGGUUGGUGAGUUAUAAAACCUGUUACAAAACUAAGCUGUCCAACAACGAAAGAAGACUGAGCGAUAUUAUGAAUAUCUUGAUCCAGUCACUUAAUCCAUGUUAAUUAAUAAAAGUUUGGGGCAGGGGUGAGACGUCAUGUGAGUCCUUGACCCAGGCUGUUCUGCAACAUGCCUUUUGGAACAAGCUUUGGGUUUGUUAAUUUUUUUCCAACAGACGCUCCAUUUUGAGAAAUACUUUGGCAGGAAUGGGAUGUCCACAGACUAUGGGAGUUUCUGAACACACUGCACUUACUCCCAAUCAGAACAUUUGCGAGGCUGCCUCCCAAUCUGAACAUCUGGCAGGCAGCAUGCAUGGUAACAUUUUAAUGGAAGAGCCAUGAGAUUUGUUACAAGGAAAAAGGAGGGAAGCGGUGCCCUCACAGUUCGCUUUAACCACUGUUGCAAAAUAUAAAUAAUUAUCAGAGGGGUUUUUUUGUUCUUUAUGUUUUGGCCCUUUUUGCUUUCUGUUGUUGUAGAGUAUAUAAAGAGUUACUUCAUUUCAAAAGAUAAGAUUUCUCGUGCUUUCAGAAAAUGUUGCUUUAUCAGUUCAUUUCUGGAGAAUAAAAAUCCUCCCCUGACCUUGCCUACAUAACUUUUCAGGUCCUUGGGGAAACGGCUACAAUUUUUUCCUCUGGCCUGAUUUUUAGAGGGUCGUUUUUGACAUUAAGGGUGGUGUCCAGGAUUUAAGUCCCAAGCACUGCAACAUUUCCUUGUGGGGGAGUCGCUCCACCCCUUUGGUCAUUUGGGUUGUCCUUUUCUGAACCUUUUCCAACUCUACAAUAUCUCUUUUGAAGUGAGGAAACCAGAACUGUACAGAGUAUUCCAAAAGUAGUCACACCAUAGAUUUGUAUAAUGGCAUGAUAUCAGCAGUUUUCAAUUACUUUCCUAAUUAUCCCUAACAUGGAAUUUGCCUUAUUCAAACCCAAUGCAGCACAUUGGGUUGACAUUUUCAUAGAGCUGUCCCCAAUGACCCCAAGGUCUCAUUCCUGGUCAGUUCAGACCCCCAUGAGCAUAUAUGUGGAAUAAAAGAUUGCCCCAAUGUGCAUCGCUUUAAACUUGCUUCCAUUGAAUUGCGUUUUCUGUUUUACCACCUACAGAAGACUGUCGUCUGAGACCUUUGAAUUACUGUAGAAUGGGAAAUUCUACUAAAGGAUGAAGUCUCAUACCAUAUAAUGGAAAGUGGGAUGCUGGAAACAAAUUUAGACGUGCAUGGGCUUCUGACAAACUAAAGUAUUUGAAAUUUUAGGAAUGCAAAGCACAGAGCAGUUUUGUUGUGAUAGCCUGUGUAAUUAACAGCAAAACUAACAGUUCACUGGCAGCUUAAAGACUACAAAACUAUUGUGGCACGAGUGACUGUGUGAAGUUGAACUGGCUUUGUCAAAUGUGCUUUUUUGUGUGUGUUUUCUGAUCCAUGAAAUGUUCUGCCAGGAUUCUGUGUUAAUUCCUUAUUUAAACAACAGACUAGCACAACUCUGGGGGAAAACUACAGGAGAAAGCAGGGAUUUCUUCAUUUUUAUGAAUUUUCUAUGCAAUUAAGUUUGGCCAAUAAUUUCACUGUUUAUCUGGCAGCAGGUGUGUGUGUUUGAUUUCGGAUCAUUGGCUACUAGAUUUUCAUUGCUGUCAACCAAGAGUCGCUUUACUUCUAAGCAUCUUUUACCAGCUGUGCAAAAGCUGGGGCUGUUCCUGGAUAAAGAGAACCUGACCACAGCAGUUCAAGCAUUGGUGACUUAAAGAUUUGAUCAAUGCAAUGCACCCUAUGUGGGGCUCCCCUUGCUUCAGAGAUCUGCACUCAUUGCAAAUCUGUUCCUGGGCCAAGUUCAGCUAUUGGUAUAUAAUUCCCCUAACAGCUUGGGACCAACUGACUGGCAGGAUCGCCUGACAUCAUACGUGCCCACUUAAUGGUUUUGAUGUGUGGACCCAGCACUGUUACAAAUGCCACAUAAUACUUGUUCCGCACUUAAUAAUAAAUUAUUAUUAUCAUUAUUAGAAAUCAUUCUUUUAGUGUAGUAGCACCUAUAUUCUCUGCUCCCUGGCUAUUGACAUCAGGGAGAUAGCUUCGCUGCAUUCUUUUUGGCAUGUUCUUUAAAUGUUUUUCUUGUUUUCAACUGUUUGCUAUUUGCAACGCUAAUGUUUCUAGUAAACUGCUUAGAGAGGUUUGCAACUUUUUUUUUUAACAACCAUGUUUAUCUUUUGGGUGGGGAUUAAACCAACCUGUUUCACUGCAGGGAUGCUGCUAUUCAUCUGUGUUCUGCUGGUAUCUUGCAUUUCUUCCUGCUUGCAAAAUCUCUCUAGAAGCAUCCUUCGGCUCUUGAUUACAGUAUGCAUGCUGUCAGACACACCUUGCGACUGAAUUGUUAAGUUAUCAGAAACACUUCUCUUAAACUGAAUGGGUGAGGAGUCUAUAAAAGGGAAAAAAGCGAUUAGUGACAAUUUGAAUUGAAGAGAUUAACUCAUUUGAAUCUAGCAUGCGUCAAUAGGCAAGUCAUGAGGACCAAUGGAAUGAUGUAUUUGUUAAACUUGCUAGACUAAUGGAAUGAUGUAUUUGUUAACUUGCUACAGUAACAUUUAUUUAUCACAAUUGUAUCCUGCCAUUCUUCAAAGGAGCUCAUAGAGGUAGGUUCAUGGGAUACUUUUCUGAGUGAGAUCUUCAACGAAAGGUUGCCAUGUGGACUGCUCAUGUGCAAAGUGCCUGCCAGCCAUAGCCCUUCCACGCCCCUUCUCCCUAGUUAUCUGUUUCUUCCCCCCACUGGCCAGAAAUCUGUGGCCAUGAACAUGCUCAGUUCUCCUUGGGUUAUGUUGGGGUUAUGUUUUUUCAUUUUUUAAAAUAAAAUAUAUUUUGUACUUCUGCAAACUUUGGGAUUUUAUGUUGGUAUGCCGUUGUCUUUUUGAGCUUGCUUGUUAAGUUAGUUGCAUCAUUGAUGUAAAUCACUGCUGCUUAUAUAGCUUCAUGGCUGCGUUUGCAUGUACAGUGGUACCUCGGGUUACAUACGCUUCAGGUUACAGACUCCACUAACCCAGAAAUAUUACCUCCGGUUAAGAACUUUGCUUCAGGAUGAGAACAGAAAUUGGGCGGCGGCGGCACAGCAGCAACAGGAGGCCCCAUUAGCUAAAGUGGUGCUUCAGGUUGAGAACAGUUUCAGGUUAAGAACGGACCUCCGGAACGAAUUAAGUACUUAACCCGACGUACCACUGUAAUGCUAAAUCAUGGUUUUUCAUGCUAUGUGCAUGAGUGCCAAUGAGUCCAAGCAAAGUACUGGGCUCACACCCAAUGCAUUUCCUCCCAAUGCAGCAAAGAGGUAGAUUUCUGCUGACUUUAUUUGAAGACUCAUGUCUUAACAUUAUGGACCCGGCUGUGUAAGGUGGGGAAGAGGGAGUGUGCAAGCCUGGCACUUUCUUGGGCAUGAACCAGAGUAUACAGUGGCUCUAGACAGCAUAUGAAGAUAAGUGUUUACAUUUGCUGUGGAAGGCAGAGGAGCAUGUGCACCAUCUUUUGUAUUCUGCUUGAAUGAUGUGGGCUGGUUUGGAUAGGGUUGCAUGUGAUUACAAUUCAGCCUCAUGAAUCCAUAGCUAUGUUUGUCACGUAGCUUACCUGCACACACAAUAGCAUCCCUUGCAACCUGUACACACAAAAGGCAGAUUUCUUUAUCCAUCCUUGUGUCCUAUCCAGAUGUUUGUUCUCUUCAGGUUUAGUGUGCGCAAAGCACUUGACACAGAUCAAAAUGAACACAUUAGAGAUUUAUUCUCUUGUGGAUUUGUGUCCUCAAUCUACCCUUCAAAAUAGUGUAAGAAUGCAAAUAAAUUCUUACCAUCCUGAGAGGCUUUUCUUUUGAUGCUCAGUGGGGCUGUGUCUGUGGUAACUUCUGCAGCUGUCUCUUUAAAAAGACAAGAAGUGUUCUGUGACAAAAUGUUAAGAAAGAUGGGUCCUAAUAAUAAAUACACAGCUGAAGUGUUAGCUCGAAGAAGACAACUUGAAGCCCUAAGGAAGAAGCAUACUGGGACAUCAGUUUUUAUUAGUAUAAUGGCAAAAUGAAUACCAUUCUUAUUUAUAUGUAAUACUGUUGGCCCAAGUUCAAAAUGUAGCCAGACAGAUUCUCAGUGUAAAGUGAGGUGGGUCUCUCUUCCCACAAGUUUUUUCUUAAUAUGCCAGUGAACUUGAGGGAGGGCCUGAAUCUUUUCCAUCUACACAGAAAACCUGGAGUAGGGAAGGUGGAUCUCUCACUUUGUGCUCCAGUCUGCUAAUGCUGAACCACUACCACAUGCCUAAACUCCAGCUUCACUUGUUUGUAGCUUUAUUCUUACAAAGAAUGGGCUGGUUCAGACAAACACAAUACCCCUAGAUAAUGUAAUCACAGCGAACCGAGGCACUGGAGUUAGUGCUAAUCAGACUUCCAGCUUAACCCAAGAUUUGAGUAAAGUGGUGAGCAAGAUUAAUUCAGCUUAUCUGGUAGCUACAGGCAAUAAGUAAUUCCAUUCCGUGAGUGGGUUGAUUGAGAAAGAACAGAUAUCAGCAUUUCUCUUUCCCAAUUCCAUUUGGUUUCCUUGCUGGGGGUGGAGAAAGGGAAGCCUGUCUCUCUGAUCUACUCUUCCUCUGCCAGCUGCUUAGUAAAAUGAUUAAUGGUCUGUUUGUAGGCUGUAUAUCCAUGCUCUGAUUUUUCUGUAAGGAUAUGACUUAUUGGUCAUUGAACUACAACUUACUGUCACCUUCCUGUAAUAUUAACUUGUAUGAGGCAUAUAAUAUUUCAAACAAACUUUUACACAUUGCUCCUUUAGUUAGUUAUGUCCUCGGUGUCUUCACCUAAAAUUAGUUCUAUCAGUUCUGCAGAUAUGCAUACCUGAGGGCUGGCUUCUCAAAAUGCUGUCGAUUUCAUCGUAAAACCUCAUCCUCUUUCUUGCAUUGCCAACCUGGUCGUUUUCUUUUUGCAACGCACGAUACUCAUAUUUUAAGUUUUUGUAUUUUGUGCGGCACUGCUUCCAGUCUCUGUCUAUUCCAACCUUCAUUAGCCUUCUGGCAAUCUCCUCAAAUAUUUCUUUAUUCCUUGUUGCUCCUUCAAGCAUUUGCUGUAUCUCCUCAUCGGACCAAAUAUUUAUCAGAGCUUUGACUUCAUUGUCACACCAGUGCUUUCCUGCUCCUGUGUCAUUAAUCGUAAUAACUCUAAAGUGAUUCUGUGCUUCGUUUAAGGACAUUUGAUGGUCUGAAAGUUCAAAAUAAAAUAAAUAACCAAUAAUAGAUUAAUAUUCGGAAACUAAAACAACCACAACUUUAUUUUUCCUUUCUAAAGCAGAGGUAAAGUACCUGUGGUCCUUCAGAUAUUGGACUACAGCUCCCAUUAUCCCUAACCAUUGGGGCUGAUGGGAGUUGGAGUCCAACUGCAUUUAGAGAGCCACAGGUUCUCUACCCUUGUUUUAAAGCAGUGUUUCCCAAACUUGGGUCUCCAGCUAUUUUUGAACUACAAUUCCCAUCACCCCUGACCACUUGUCUUGCUAUCUUGGGAUGAUGUGAGUUGGAGUCCAAAAACAGCUGGAGACCCACAUUUGGGAAACACUUUAAAGGUAACAGGAAAUGUUCUGAAUUAGAUCCACCGUGUAUCAACACGGGAAAGAUCCAAAUGGGAAGAGUAAACUUGCUUUCUGAGUGUGCUGUAGAAUAUUGUAUCUUGUUUGGCAUACUGUAUUACUUUGGUACAGAAAUCUUUCUGUAUUGAACAUGGUGCUUCUGACAUUGGCUAUCCAUAUGCGAGAGGGGCAUAGAAGGCUGGAGUGCAUUUUGGUGGUGAACCAAUUGUCCAACCAUAGCAUACGGCCAGGUUUUCAGAAUCCGAGCAUCCGCCUUAACAUGGUUCCUAAGAGUUGGUUCACAAAGGAGAAACUGGGAAGAAUUAAGAGGAUGUGCAGCCACAGCUAUAAGUACUUCUCUUGCUCAUGGACAUACUCUACUUUGCAGGGGUGGGGAACCCCAAAAGAAUCAAAGCUUGUAUCCAAGGCUGCCAGUACAACUCUAGCCAUGUUUACUCAAAAGUAAAUCUCACUUUGUUCAGUGGGGUUUACUCUCUACAUGUGUGUUAAGUAUUGUAACUUUCCAGUUAUUCAGAAGCAAUUAAGCUUUGUCAAGUUGAGCGAGACUUAAGUCUCAGGGAAGUGUGUCUAGAACUGUGGUCUUCGUGUCUCAGAAAGCUCCUUCAGACAUGUAAUAUAACGUAACGGGGGGACGGAAUUAAAUGUGACUUUAUAGAUAUUCCCUAAUCAUGAUAAUGACUAGAGUUGAGUGUGUUACAGGGCAGCAACAGGAUUAUAAACUGCCCAGGAAUCUAGAAUCCUAUUUGAAAAAAAUUCAGGUUCUGCAUUGGGAAACAUGCAUGUUAACACUGUAUGUUGCAACAAUUUUGUUUGUUACAAAUGUACAAUACUGAGAGCUAGGAAUGUGUAGAGGCAUAAGACCAGGGACCAGAAUCCAUGAAGGAGGGACUUGACAGCCUCCUCCUCCCGCUGCCCCUCAACCGAAAGCAAAGGACCAAUCACUUACCAGACCCUGUUAUCUGUUUACACAUUGAAAACCCAGAUGCGUCCUCUGAGGUUGUACUGAUAGAGUCAUCAUCUAUUUUUAAAAAGACAAUUUUUAAAAAAAUGAAGCAUAGCUUCUGUUAUUGGGCCUUUCUCAUCAAUCUACAUCUAGAAUUGCAGUUAAAACAGCAAUAAUCGAAAUAAAAUUUGAAGCUGUGUUUCCCACACUUCUACAUUAAUAUUCUUGAGCAGGAUGAGCUGUUUCAGAAAAAGACAGGAAUGGUAAGCAUGCCUCCUUUUGAUUCUCUCCAUAACUUUCCCUACCUUCUUUUCAAAAUGUUGACCUGAACAUGCAAAGUGUGUAGGUACUAUCGUAUGUAGGCACAAUCUGUUAUUUCAAAAAUAAUUUCUCCACCUUGCAGCCUUUGGCAAAUAGCAUCAUAAGCUAGACAGAGGGCUGCCAAGUGGCCCAGCUGUAGGCCUGGCAUCCUACAAAAGGCUGCAUUGCAAAAAGCCAGUGAGGUUCCUACAACUGGGCAGAGCCGCAAAUAAUGUCCACAACAGUUGUGUGUGAGUGGAGCUAUAGCUUGGACUGUCAUGGUCAGGCUUAAUCUGCAGCUCCAUGGCAGCCUUCACUCUUCCUUUGCAUCCCUUUCACUUGUAGUAUUAAAAAAUUAUAACUCAUUAAUAAUAAUAAUACCCUGCUUAUCUGGCUUUGUUGUCUUGUAACAAAAUUUCAUAUUUCAUCUGGUAAACAACUGCUUUCUUAAAAAUCACAAAGUAUUACCGUUAGUAAUCUGGUCUGAAUCUAACCUAAGAGUUUUGUGCAGCCCAAUCCAAUCUAUGCAUGCUUACUGGGAAACAACUCCUACUGGAGUCAACUGGAUUUGCUCUCCAUUCAGUGUACAGAGAUCUGCAGCCUUAAACAGAUACCUUGUCUUACCCUUUUAGAGGGUCAUUAUUUUCCAAAUUCGCCUACAUUGCUGAUUUGAUUAUAACAAGCUCUGUUAUUAUGCUCUUGGUAUGAUACAGUGUACGCUUGAUUUCAGUAUAGAUGUCCAAAAGGGUUUCUGGCACAUGAUGUAUGGUUUGUCCCUUAGGAGGAGAAAUCUGUCUUUCAAGUUGAGCUUCUCAAGUGUAGGAUACUCCAGAGCACCAGAGUCCAAUUAGUCGCUUUGGCUAAAACAUUCAAAAAGCCUCUGAAUGGUGUCUUGAUGACUUUUUGUUUGAAGCUGCUACUGCUCAGAGUAGCUGAAUAUAAAAAACAACAACACACCAGUAUUUGGGGGAAGGCUAGAAAACCCACUUUUCAUUCAACUCACAUCUGAGUUCACAUUAAUCUGUCUGAAUAGAAACAUCUUAUUUUCGCCUACUCUCAAGUACACAGGAACUGUGGAAACAACUGGGGGGUUCCUUUCAUUAGCAGAAUGACACUGUUAAUGUAUAAAGUAAAUGAAAAUAUUGUUUCCCUGUUAAAACUAUCCCAAACAAAAUGAUAUUGGCUGUGAGUCCUGGAAGACCUGCUCCCUGCCUUGCAGGCCUUAUCCCCACCUGGCCUGGGAGGGCAGGGCAGGGCAGGGCCUUGACUGACUCCAGUCACAAAAGCUGAGGCUGCUCAAUGGACUUGGGUUGGGGUAAUAUUUUUUUUGGGGGGGGGGUUGUUUAGUGUGUGUGUGUGUUGCUGUUUUUAAUAUUAAUAUGUUUUCCCUUCCGCUACUUGCCAGAAUUUCAAAUGCAAACGUUGCAAUUUGGAACAAGACAUGUAAAUUGUGUAACAUUUACAUAAGCCUUUUAGAUUGCAUAACCAAAUUCAGAUGCUUUUGGCAUAUGAUAUAUGCAGCUUCAGUUAUACUGCUUCAUAACUUCUGAAAUCAGGACAGAGGAAGGCAUGCACAGAAAUAGUCACAAGUUAGACGUUACAGGGAGAAGCGAAGUUACAGGGAACCAGGCAGAAGGCCUUCUCGGUAGUGGCGCCAGCUCUGUGGAAUGCCCUCCCAUCAGAUGUCAAAGAAAUAAACAACUAUAUGACAUUUAGAUGACAUCUGAAGGCAGCCCUGUUUAGGGAAGUUUUUAAUGACUGAUGUUUUAAUGUAUUUUAAACCACCUGUUGGAAGCCCCCCAGAAUGACUGGGGAAACCCAGCCAGAUGGGCGGGGUAGAAAUAAUAAUAAUAAUAAUAAUAAUAAAUUAUAAUAAUAAAAUUUAUUAUUAUUAUUAUUAUUAUUAUUAUUAUUAUUAUUAUUAUUAAGUAUUUGUUCAUAUAAUCACCCAGGCAUGGACAGUACUUUCAAUUUUGUUCUAGAUUGCACCAUGUGUAUGUAUGGUGGACAUGAAUGUAACUUUACAUUCCAUAAACCUUCCUAAAGUGGCUUGGGAAGUAUUUGAAACAACAGUUUGUACUUGUGACAGACAGCUUGUUCACUACUCGUUGGGUGUAAUCUGGGCCUGUAUAAAUCAAGUCUCAUGGCCACUCAGCACAGAAGCAUUCAGGAACCAGGGAUCCAUCUAUCUGGGAACCUCAUAUCUCUGCUACCUCAUUUCCCACUUCAUUUUGGUGCAUGGGUAGAACAGGCCUCUGUUGUAAUGUGGGGAGGUGCUUGAGGCUCUUGCCUGGGUGGAGAGAUGUGUGAGUUCCAAAUAUCUUGGUCCUCUCACAGAUUUUGCUCCAGGCUCUCUUCAUACGGCACAGUAGAAGUGGCACUUAUUUUCCCACACUUGCAGUUCCCAGGCCUUGCUGCCCUGUGUGCCUUCCUACCACAUUCUCCAAGUCAAGACCAUUAGAGAUCAUGUUGGCAAAUAUAUGGUCCUGACCACCCCUUUUCUGAAAAUAAUUGUAGUUUGUGGGCCAUUUAUAGGGGAGGACUGCAACGAGGAACAGCUUCAAAUAUCUCCCACCCUAGGGAAGGCUUUCUCCAUGAAAUGCUUUUGGUUUCAGGACCAAGCUGGUGGGAGGUAUGACAGACUGCACCAGGGGAAGGCAUUUGCAGAAAAGAAUUGGUGAAGCCUGCUGACUCUCCUUUGCAAAUCCUUCAGCCCAGCCUACAUGUUUGCACUAUGAAUGAAAUACAGGUCUGGGCCCCAUGUUUGCUUUGUAAGAUUUUGUUUAGCCUUCAGUUUUAGAGCCCAGAACAGGCUGGGGGGGGGGGAAUGCUUGGCUUGUUCUGAAGUACUCAGUAUUUACCCUUUUUUUGAACUACUACUUAUGCUUUCUUUUGGCAAAGGAAUUUGUGUGCUGCUGAUUUCAUGCAGCUAAUUUCCUCAAAUGGAGUGUACAUGUCCAAAACAGAGCAGGCAUUCUGCAGAAAGGGAAUCAGUUCACAUGAUACUUUAUCAUUUGCAUUCUCUUUACUACUGUGUGGAAUAUUUCAUUGCACUCAUGUGAUGUGAUUCCGUCUUUCAACUUGCACAGAUGUUGUGUUCCCUUUAUGGAAGCAAGGCUGCAUUGAGUCCAAUGUUUCCUUCACUGAGCAAUUUUAAUGUGGUAUUUCACCAUAGCAUUUAUGUGAUCUGUACACAUUGCUUAUUGGUUGUCCCUAAAGACACCAAAUUUGUCUUUACAGUCCUUUCACCCUACAUCAGUUCCUGGAUUUAAGGGGUCGAGAGACAAUAAAUAUAGAUAGCAGAGUGCUGUAUUGUAGAUCCCUAAUCCAGCAUGCAUUUCUGUGCAUGUUUGUGUGGAAGUAAAGUUGAUGGCAUGUACAGGUGUCCUCCCAUUCAUGUGCAAUUGACUCGUUUGUGACCGCAUAUACCUGCGGCGCCAAUAAAUAAAUAAAUAAAUACCAAGAAAUGGGAGAGAGUUGGAGAGUCCUUGUGGCUCACUAAGAGACCCUCUCCAGAGCCCAAAGAGGAUUUCAGUGAAGGUAGAGGAAUCCCCAAAGAGCCCUGAGAGCUGCUCAGCCUCUCUACCUAGCAGUUGAAGCUCGGGGCAGCACAACCAUCACUGCUCAUGUGACCUCCAACCUCCAGCUGGUCCCAGAGCUUCAACUCUGGUUCUCCACUUAAGCGUUUUUAGUCUAUGUGCGUGGAGGCCCAGCACAUAACUAUACAGUGGUACCUCGGGUUACAAACUUAAUUCAUUCCAGAGGUCCAUUCUUAACCCGAAACCAUUCUUAACCUGAGGUGUGUUUUCACUAAUGGGGCCUCCCGCUGUCCGCCACGGCGUGAUUUCCGUUCUCAUCCUGGGACAAAGUUCGCAACCCGAGGUACUACUUCUGGGUUAGCAGAGUUUGUAACCCGAAGCGUUUGUAACCCAAGGUACCUCUGACUCCUUUAGUAAGUGUGCUUAGGGUUGAAGAUUAAGGUGUCUUGCAUGACCAUAUUUAAGGUCUCUCAGUCUUGAUUUCCCAUGGAAGUUCACUUCAGGAAUUCCCUGAGGUCAUGAACAAAAUUGUCACAGAGAACUAAGUCUUGGAAAUAGUCUUGAUCAUAGGUGUGAAGUCUGCAAACGCCCAUUCUUUGUUCCUUUAGCCCAGGAGUGGCUCACCAUUUUUGUCCCAAGGGCCGCAUUUGCUCUUGACCAGUGCUCCCAGAGUCACAUGGCUGAAGUGGGUAUGGCCCACUGUAAACCAGGGUUACUGGUUCACACAUAAUGCUACGCCAAGAUUUUUUGAAACUGAAAGAAAACUCAGCAGAAAUCCUCCUCCUGACGAUUUGGAACGAGGAUAAGGAAGGAAGAUUUGCUGAGGUUCAUUCACAUACCGCUGAACCACAGUUUAGUGUUGCAUGAGAAGCACACUGAGUUAUACUUAUAAAAAAGCUAAAUGGUUAAAGCUGACUAUCUUUUAAAAGCAAAACCUCUGUACUGAAAUGAGGAUGGAAGUGUUUACAAAUUCACGUGGCAAAUGGUUGACUUACCUACAUCAAUCGGCUCUUGCUUUAUGUGUGUGAGCUCUGUACCUUCGGGAGUACUGUGGAUGGAAUCGUCGUCUUCCGGGAUUUCUGUGCAAAUUCAAAGUAAACAAUGUAUUUACUAAUUAUUAUUGGGUCCAAGAUAGCAUAUGAGAUUUCUAGGUACUUUUGUAUAGUUCAUUAGACAUAACCUUUCCAUGUGGGAUUAAUGCCUGCAUGUGAUGGGGUCCCAAUAUGGCCUAAGUGCGCAUUUACUCUCUCAGCAUCAGCAUGCAGUCAGUGUGCCAGACUGGAGACCGGAAGACCUAGGGUUGUCUCCAAUGUAGCCUGGCCAGUUCUCACUCAUGGCUCACCUGCAGGUAGUGGACUGCACACAGGUAUGAGAUAUGUACACAGAGUUUCCAGUUUCCUUAAUAGUUUGGUGUCAAGGUGGGAGGGGAGGGGAGAAUUUGGCUUUGUGAUGAUGACAUAUCGGGAUCUAGCAAAGAAGUGUUAGAAACUCAGAUACAUAAGCUAAUUGCCUAAUGGCACCUUAAACUUGGGUGACGGUUGUCACAACAGAAUGUCUAGGUGCCAUUUCCCCCCUCCCCCGUUAUGUUUAUUGUUAUUGUUGCUGUCGUUAUUUGCUUACUUUCUAUGCUACUUUAAAAAACAACCUCAAAGCGGUUUACAACACAUUAAAACAUCAAAUAAAACAAUCUGGAAUAAAACAAAUUCAAGCUUCAAGGAGAAUAUUUCAGAUCCUUCUCUAAGCGACAUUUUGCUUUCCCUAUACUUAUGUACCUGCUUAAUUUAUAUAGCUUCCCCAUAGCAGAAGUAUUCUAGGAAGCCAGGGUGGUGUAGUGGUUAAAGUGUUGGACUAGGAUAUGGGAGAACAGGGUUCAAAUUCCCACUCAGUCAUGAAACUCACUGCGUGACCUUGGGCCAGUCACAACAUCUUAAUUUACCUCAUAGGGUCGUUGUAGGGAUUAACUGAGGAGGGGGGCGAACCAUAUACCCCUUGGAGAAAAAGGUGGGAUAUAAAUGCCAUAAAUAAGCUCUUCUGCUUCCCUGCUUAAGGAAGUUGGAGGAGCCAGCCUGGUGGAGAUGUCUGUCACCAACCUGGUAUCCAGAGAUCUCCGCAACUGAACCUGCACCAGUCACAAAAUGCACCUGGCUAAUUUCUAACACUGUCACACAAAGUGAAGGUGUUGUGCAUAAAGAGGCCUGGUUUGCAUGUCAUGCUGAGCCAAACCAUGAUUUCACUCCUUGCCAUGUAGCAGCAGGAGGACCAGGUGAGGAAUGCGGUAGCCUCAUGCUCACAGCUUUGUGCUAAGCAAACCUGAUCAUCGAAAUGGUUGUGUCCCCAGAAUUACAUUAAUUUAGUAAAUGGACCAGUGUGUUAUUAUGCCUUCUCUUUCAUUUCUGGGGGGAAACUGUCCACCAAAUGGAUUGCGAAAAUCAUUUUAUUGACUGCCAGAGGUGUCAACUUGAAUAAAAGGGGGCAGGUAAGCCCCGUCCCACAAAAAAAAUUGAUCACCUGACACAGGACAUACACAUCAUUUGAAUGGCAGUGCCCAUAAACUUCAGGGGGUAGCCCCCUCAAGUAUUUUAUUGGGGGGAACCGAAGACCCCUUGGCCCCUAGGAGUUGGCUCCUAUGUUGACUGAAACAGGUUGGAGUCACCAUCAGAAAAAACACAGAAUUCUUCCAAUAUUGUAGAGCUAUACUCCUGCAUCUUUUGAUAGCACUGAUGACACUGAGAAUUCUCUAAUAAGAUAAUUAAUUGAAGGAAGACAUUUUGGCAGCACAAUCGCAGUUAUUCCAAAUUGUUUGCCUCUUUCUCUAUGCUGUGGGCGUUUCAUCACGGCGAAGUGGGUGGAAUGCUGACCUUUAAUGUAAUUGGUUUCUGGCUGUUUGAUGAUGCUCCCCUUGUGAUAGAUAGGAUGCGACGGAUCAUUUUGUCAGUUACAUCAGCAGAGGCUGACCCAGCAAAGAGGUAAAUGUCCAAGGCUGUGCAGAGGGGUCAGUGACUGCGUUAUCUAACUCCAAGCCAUGGUCUCGGGCUGUUAGAUAAUGCUGUCAAACAUUGAGCAAGAAAAGAUCACUGGCAGCCAUAGCGUUUCACUAAAGGAAAUUACUCAAAUCCUUUUCUAAAUAAGACCUUUGAUAAAUAAUUGCUGAAUUUGGUAUGUGUUUAAAAGGCAUUGCUUAAAUUGGUUUCUUACCUACUCACUGACAACAUGGGAUUUCUGAAAUUGUAGCCAAGUUUUGCUGUCAUCAGUUAAAGUUCCUUCACACAGAGCAAACAGGCAAGCCCAUAGUUUUUUCUCUUGCAUUAGAAGAGUGGGCCAAUUAUAUAGAUUUAUAGGUUGUUAUGGUAAAGUAAUUUGGCACCCUCUGCUGGUGCCAGCAUGAGGCUGUUUAAGUAAACUAUGUGUAGUAACUAUGCUUUUUUUUUUUUUUUUUUUUGAGAAGUAUCUCAGAAACCUGCUGUGUUUGUAGGAAAAUUUGAAAUGCAACCAGGUUUUGAGGGACAGGAGACAUAUUGUACACUCCAAUAUAGAUAGUCAAGGGCCUUCUGUAGCCUCUUAACUCGUAUUUGGUGUUGGUCAGGCACUGACUGGCAAUUAUUGGUCAAAUACGAACUAAAGAGAUAAACUUCAUAACCAUAAUAAACAGUAGCAUUCUACUGAGUGCUCAUUGCCAGCUAGGAUGCAUGAUCUUAAGAGUAGUAAAUAAAAUUUAGGGUUGAUAUGCCUAUUGCAUGCAUUCUGAUUGGAUUCUCUCUCCCCAUCUGGUUUCUCUCUUCCCACCCCAGGUGGCUUCAAAGUUUUACAUCUCUACCCUGGGCAGAAUUACAAACAGUGUGGGGAAGGGGGAGUGAGAGUGGGGAUGCAAACUCAAAUUGGACAUGAUACAUAAGGCAACUUGUGACUGUCUAAAAGGUAGUGUUUAGAACCGUAGGAGAACAUCUAAUGAUUUAUGCCACGUUCAAAGGUAAUGAAAAGCCUGACUUACCGCUAUUUACUGUGACUGAGCAGUGUGAGAUGCAGCCAGCCUAGUUGCUCUCACUUUGCCCUUCCCCUGACAUGAGUGGGAGAUGCAAGGAAGCCACAUUUAAAGCAUGUCUUGUUUUGACAUCUGAGCCGGUGAUCCUGGUGUUCCAAACAAGCCAGGAUCAUAAGCCAUCCGGAAACCUUGAUUUAAGCCUAGUGAGCCAAGCCAGGGAUCCAGGUUCAGAGAGCCUAACAAGCCAUGUGUAAUUUCAGCUUCAUGGUUUGUUCACACAGGGGAUGAGCAAAGUGUUAAGCGAUCAGGCUGCAUGCAUGAGCAUGAUGCUCAUUAACAAUAAACCAAGAUAAGCCAACAAACCUGGCUUAUUGUUACAGGCAACAUUUACAUGCAAAAGAUUGCCCUUUAGGUUUUUCAUCACUUGACCUCCAUGAAGUCUUUGUUUCUGCUAUGGACAAAGUAUCCCCAUCAGGAUAGCUAAGAAUGAGACUCUUAUCCUCAAGGUUGUGGGUUCAAGCCCCAUGUUGGGCAAAAAGAUUCCUGCAUUGCAGAGGGGUUGGACUAGAUGCCUCUAGUGGUACCUUCCGGCCCUACAAUUCUAUGACUCUAUCGGAUGGGAUUUGUACAGGUCUCCUCCUUGCCCACCUUUAUUGUUGGCCAUUGAAUAAGCUUGGGCUUGGCUCACAGUUUUAAAUUGUCACCUAACAUACAUCCUCACAUUUAACCUUCUGUUGUUGUUGUUUAGUAGAUUGUAACUGAAUGCUGCUCACCUAAGUCAGUAACUUCUUCUUUUAUGUCUUCCUUCACAUGUGUGGUAAUGGGCUCUUCCAAAUCUCCAUUUAGAUAAUUAGUUCUGUCUACUGCGCUGUGGAGCACUAGACGCACAAAAAGAGAUAGUUAUGCAAAUGCUGACAUCCUACUGCAGUUAUCUUUUACUUGUAUUUUAAUCGAGGGAUUCACAAACAGUAUCUCUGUGUUUACCUGGGUCUUUCACUUUCCUUGUGUCUGUGAGCUGCAGAUCUCCUGACAUACUACUAACAGAAUCUUCCGCACCUGUGUCUCCAUGUAAUUCUGAGUGAAAUGUUACAGGUUAUGACAUUAGGUUGUGAAAUUAUUAUAAGGAGUCUUACUGCAAUUAUUCUAAGGAAACAGCUUUUUAAAUAAAAUAAAAAAUAGUUAGAUGCUUAGGCAUUUUCUAGAUGGCCCCCAGAAAAUCAAAAGUGAGUUAUCCAGUUUUAUGUAGCACCAACCAUGUGGCUUAAUUCUGCAAAGUAACUUAAACAAAACCAGGACUCUUGUCCGUAAGGUCCUUGCAACCUACAUUUAAAUGAAUUAGAUACACCGGAGUGAGGAAAAGAAUGAAAGAAGCAAAGAUAACAAGGGAUGGGACUUUCUAUUAGACAAACCUCUAUUGUUCCCCUUCUAGUCCCUGCUAGCUUAAUACUACGUAAAGUAUAACUAUUUAUCUCUACUUUGGCCUCCAAGCCAUUCUGAUAAAUAAGGUUUUGUCUCUCAGUUGAAUCAUAUGCUCUUGCAAAUGUAUUACGUGGAGUUCAGGAAGCACAGAACUGUAGCUAACUAUUUAUACUAUAAAUACUUGUGUUUUUCAUUGCCUUAUCAGUACAUUGUAAAUGUGUUUCCAGCAAAUGACCUCUGGCAUCUCCAUUUUUAAAAAGGGAAUUAAAGAUAUUUAAAUAUUCCCAGGUGCUUCACACACUCAAACAUCCUCCACACACAGAGUUUUUGUCAGUUUCAGACAGAAAAACCAACUGGCUGGCUGCAUUCAUGUCAGUGAGCCACAAGUUACUCAGGACUGGGUGGCGAGGAAAUGGGGGUACAAUGUAGUUUGGUAGCAGUGGCCCAAGGCUCCACCCCCACCCCAACAAUACUUGUGUUUCCAUACAAUCCACUAGAGACCAUUUUAAGAGUACAAAUUCUACCUUAUCGGCAUAUCAUUGCCCUUUCUGACAUUUGGAGUUAUCAUAAACAGUAGUUUUGUAUUUCUAUUCAGAUCUUGUAAUGGAAUAUCCUCUUUAGGGCACUAGGCAAACCUCAUCACAGUUCACAUUCCUUCUUAUUUUUUGUACUUACGGUUUUGUUUUGUUAUCUUCUUUGACCUUUUAAUUAUUAGUUUUAAUUUAUUUGUACUUUGAAUUAAACACACUUUUAUAUAUAAACUUUCAUAUGUAUAUAUAUUUACUAGUGCAAAACUGAUAAAACUAAUUUUGAUGGCUUAGAACUCUUACCUCUGAAAUUCUUUUCUGUUUUAGUUUCUACCCAUUCUAUAGGCUGUUCGCUGUCAUCAUUAUCCGAUCUGCUUGUUUUAUCUGCAUUGCUGUGGCCCAGAAUAGCAUCCAGCUCUCUGAAAAACUUCAUACUUUUGCUUGUGUUGCCUGAAUAUUGGGCAUUUUUUACACUCUUAUAUUCAUGCUUUAGAUUUUUAUAUUUUGUCCUGCACUGCUUCCAGUCCCUGUCGAUUCCAAAUUUUUGGAGUCUAGCAGCAACAUGUUCAAAUAUUCUUUUGUUUCUCACCGUUCCCUCGAGUUGUUGCUGGAUGCUUUUAUCUGACCAGACACGUAUUAGAGCUCUAACUUCAUUAAUAGUCCAGUGUUUUCCUCCUUCAUUUGCUACAGAUGGAAUGUAUGGCAGACUUCUGGUCGCAUCUAGUAUUGGGGUUGGGUUACCUGCAUCAGGCAGAAUAGGGGAGAGACUCAGAUAUGUGUUACCUGCAUUGAGUGGGAUGGGGUCAGGAUAAGGUAAAAUAAAGGGUGGGAGGAGAGAGAGAGAGAAAAAAAAUGGUUUUGGUGAACUUUUUAAUGCCUGUGCACAUUUAGGCUUCAGUCUUAUACCCACUUACCUGGGAGUAAGGCUCAGUGAGUUUUACUUCUGGGCACUGUUAUAAAAAUAAAUUCAAGGUAGAAAACAAAUUGGUUUAGCAUAUAACAGGGUUUCCCAAACUUGGCUGUCCAGCUGUUGUUGGACUACAGCUCCCAUCAUCCCUAGCUAGCAGGACCAGUUGUUAGGUAUGAUGGGAAUUGUAGUCCAAAAACAGAAGGCCAGCAAAGUUUGGAAAACUCUGACAUAUAAGUUCUCUGAUUUAACAAAAGCCAACAUUACAUACAUUAUCAGAGCAAAGCUGUACUGACUGCAGAAACAGAAUCUGAGAUAAUGGCGCAGACCCUCCAAGUGUCCCUAUUUUCUAGGGACGUCCCUGAUUUAGAGAAGCCGUCCCAGUUUCUGAUUUGACCCCAGAAUGUCCCGUAUUUCCUUAGGAUGUCCCUACUUUCACUGGAGAAAUGUUGGCGGGUUAUUGAGUUACCCAACCCCUGAGCCAUCUGAAGGUAUAGGGAAGUUUUAUUAUGUUUUUAUAUAUGUUGGAAGCUGCCCCGAGUGGUGGGGCAACCCAAUAAGAUGUGUGGGAUAUAAAUAGUAAAAUUAUCAAUAUGGGAUGGGACGUGCCUAUUUUCAACAGGGAAAUGUUGGAGGGUAUGAUGGCACCAGAUUAUCAGUGGUACUCUCAUUCUUCUGUGGGGGUCAUGGUUUUAGAAUAUAAUAUAUAUAUAUAAUAUAAAGUGUGAAAGAUCAGUGCAGUUUAGAAAUCAGUGGUAACAAUCACUACCAUUUUGAAAGAUUCAGAGCACUACCCUAAUUCAAAAUGAUGUCCAAUUGUAUCCAAACAUAGGUGAAGACCUGCUCCUUCACUUCAGGAACCAUCAUUCAAAAUUUGGUUAAGAUAUCUUAUGAGAUGUCCAAAUUCAUAGCGCGCAAACAACUUUCCAAAACAUUUUAAGUGGAACUUAGUGCAAUGCUAAGGCAAUCAUUCUGGCAGCACAAGGGUAUGCUGUGGAAAGUUCUCCUCCGAAAUCCAUUCUAGGGGUUCCUUCAACCCUAUGGAACAGAUUUGAGGAGUGGGUGUGUGGCAUAUGUGGGGAGGGGAGGGGAGAAGUCUCACUGCACAAGCAGAAAUUAUUGUGCUGACAAGGACUUGUUGGUGGAAUACCACCCACAGUACAUAAGAAAUAAAUUUACUCCUUCUAUCGUUUGAUAUGCACCUGAAAGCACCAUUCAUAGUCUGAGUCCUAUCUCAGAGUUUGUUCCAAAAACACACUAGAUUGACUUCUGCUUCAACAGAAGCCUUCUACCAGAUGGCUCUUGAAGAGCCCUGGAAAAGUCAGAAAACCUUUGCAGCAGCACUCUUAAGAGGUUUUUUCUUGAAACAAUGAAAAACAGACACACACACACCCCUUAUGCUUGCGCACACAGAAGCACUUGCACACUCACACAUAGUCCUCUCUGGAUCUCAGCUGAUGAAACAGAAGAGUUUGACAAUUUUAUUUCAUAGCCUUAUAUCAGUGCCCAUGAACUGCACGUUGAGUUGAGUUUCUACUUCCUCUGCCUUCAAACCAUGUUCUUGUUUCCAAUCAAGAACCGAAUUGUUGCAUAAAAUAAAUAAUUUUGUUUUCUUGUGUUUUAUGUAGACGUUAAAGCAAACACCACAGAAACUGUGCAAUAAGAAACCAUCCCUGAAUGCCCUAACCUUUCCAACUUAUUUCUUUUGUCCCUCUGACACAAUAAUAUUCCAUUCUUAAUGAGUAUGAGAAACAGAGAAUUUGCUGUCUCUCGUUUGCCAUCCUUUGUUACCUAGUUGAAUGGGCCUGCAGUGGGACAUAAAAAGUAGUGGAUUUGCAGGAGGAUCUUCCUCCUCUUCCAGUGUAACUGCAACUUCACCUGGGAUGGGGGAGGGAGAGAAAAAAGAAUUGUUAUACAUAGGAAAGGCAACAAAGAUAUUAUCAUAUGAAUUAUGACUUGCUAUAGAUAUUUCUAAUGCAAACUUCCUAUUGACGCUACAACAUAGAUUCACAGUCAUCAGAUAUCCUCAGCCAGGCUAGUACCUUGAAUAUAUUAAUUUCAAAUAAUAUUUACAGCAAAACUUACCCUAACAUAACACAGCAUUUUAAAAUGUAAAACUGAAAGAAGAAGAAGAGGCAGAAAUAAAGAGUCAUUAGAUAUAGAUAGAUAGAUAAAUGAUAGAUAGAUAGAUGAUAGAUAGAUAGAUAGAUACAGUGGUGCCUCGCAAGACGAAAUUAAUUCGUUAUGCGAGUUUUUUCGUCUUGCGAAUUUUUCGUCUUGCGAAGCACGGUUUCCCAUAGGAAUGCAUUGAAAAUCCAAAAGGAAACAAACUUGUAAGUCGUUUUUGUCUUGCGAAGCAAGCCCAUAGGGAAAUUCGUCUUGCGAAGCAACUCAAAAAACGAAAAACUCUUUCGUCUUGCGAGUUUUUCGUCUUGCGAGGCAUUCGUCUUGCGAGGUACCACUGUAGUAGAUGGUGUGGUUAUAAUCCAAAGAAUCUUGAGCAGAACUCUACUCCUGAGAUGGGGCCUUUCCACCCUCUUCUGUCUUCCAAAACCCACCCCAGGGAAUAAGGAGACCCCCUCGGAUUUGUGGAAGAUGUGACUCAUCCACUUAUCCAAGUGUUAGAUCCAAGCCAGUAUUUUCUACAUAGCAAUUUAAUGAUGUAGGCCAGGAAAGGACAAGAUCACACAAUCUUCAUCUAAUGAAAGGCUAUUUAGCAUCUGUGCAUUUUUAUUUUUAUUUUUUGCAGUACAAUACCAGUGGGGGCUUACUAGUUGGGAAGUGAUUACAGUGGUACCUCGGGUUACAUAUGCUUCAGGUUACAUACACUUCAGGUUACAGACUCUGCUAACCCAGAAAUGGUACCUCGGGUUAAGAACUUUGCUUCAGGAUGAGAACAGAAAUCGUGCUCCGGUGGUGCAGUGGUAGCGGGAGGCCCCAUUAGCUAAAGUGGUGCUUCAGGUUAAGAACAGUUUCAGGUUAAGAACGGACCUCCAGAAUGAAUUAAGUUCUUAACCCGAGGUACCACUGUAUAGGAUUGAAUCUGGAGCGGUGGUGCUGUUAGUAGUAGCAGCAGCAAUAGUAGCAGUGGUUGUUGUUGCUAUUGUAUAGUUAUUUAUACUCUGCCUUUUUCCCUGACCCAGACUCAAGACGGCUUACAGAUAAAAUAAGAACAGCUAAAACAUUUAUAUAUAUAUAUAUAUUUGUUUGUUAAUAUCCAUGCAGUUACGGGACAUUGAUUUCUGUGGUACGAGAAACACAUGUAAGCAAAGCAAGUUGUAUCACGUUUUAAAAGGAAAUAAAAACUACAGCACAAUUCAUUGUUAGCCAAGACUGAUACUCUUACUUCCCAUGUACUGGUACUUCAGUAAUGAAAAAGCUAGAAGAAAGAUCCAGUCUUCUAUUUUCCCCACAAUAUUUAUGCAUUACAAUAAAUUUAUUAAAUAUGAAAGUAAUAAUUUAAUUAUUCAAAUAUGUUCUAAUCCAUGUAGCAUUAAACUAUGGCUCAGUGUUGUGUGUGAAUGCAGCCCUGUGUUUAUUUCGCUGCUCACUUCCUACAUGCAACAUGUAGGAAAUUACAAUGUAUGAAGAGACUAAAAUAGAAAGCAGCCUGAUGGCUGGUUUUCAAAGAUAACUGGCCAUGUUCAUCUAAAUUGUUGUGGUAGCAGAAGCCAACACGACAGGAAUUUCCCCUUGUUUCCCCUCCCCACUUGCACCCCGUGCUGUAUGAGAAAUCUUUGUGUUGACAGAAUCUAUGUGGAGUGCAACAGCUCGCUGCCUGUUGACUAGACUGGGACUUAAAAUGGGGGAGGCAACAAGGUGAUUAAUUGAUUUUAUAACAGUCACCAUAUCUCAGAGUAACCUCCCUAACAAGACUGUUGUGCCAAUAAAAUGCAAGUUGUCCAUAGCUUCUUAGAGGGUCAGUGGGAAAUUAUUAUUAUUAUUAUUAUUAUUAUUAUUAUUAUUAUUGGAUAAAAAAGGGAUAUCAAUAAGUUGGUGAGCGUUUAAUUCCUGUUUAUUUUCCAUUAAAUCUCUGUGAAUAUGAUAUAUAGUCAUAAUCCUUUUAGAGUGCGGGGAGGCCAGUGUUUUCUUCAUUAUCAUCACAAAAUAAUGUUUCGUACAGUGAUUAAAAUGUUCCUGCGAAAGCAGAACAGGAAGAUGUUGGGGCUGUAUUUCAAGCUAGAAAAAACCCCCCCGAUAAGAGUUAGCUAGGACAGAUGCUCAUUGUCCAUAUUUAUUGUUGUUGUUUAUGUAUUUUCAGUGGAUGUUGGCUCUCUUUGGGGUGGGCAAUUCUUGCGUCACACAUGCCCCCCUUGCAAAAUUUAAGAUUAUUUAAAAUUUGUUUUUUAAAGUCAUUGUAGUGAGUUUGUCCUUUUUGCAUUUAAUAUAAAUAUGUGUUGCAGAGCAUUUGGGGGGCGUUUCUGGCCUUACUGCUAUCAGUGAUUGGACUUAAAAAGAUAAGAUAGUGCUUUAAAAUACCGCUGCUCAGACAUCAGAAUUCCAGGAGACUGAAAUCACCCUGUAAGCCUAAAACUGGCUAUCUGUCUCUUUUUCUGUCUAAACUGCAGUCUUCUCACACAGACACCUGAAUUAUCUGAUUAUUAGUUGGGAGGGAGGUCUGCCCCCCCCAAUCUUUUCCUAUUCCAAACGUUCAAGGAGCAAUUGUCUAACUAUUUAGUUUCCACGGCAACGUAUCUCUUGUUAUUUACAUAACAAAGGAUGUGCCUGGCCAGACCUGGCCAGCAGGUUUGACCAACUUUAAGCAUUAAACAGGAGAGGCCCAUUAACCCUCUCCUGUAGAACCGCCAGUCUCUCAACUACAUACAAAUUUCCUUUUUUAUAUAUAUAUAAUAAACAUACUUGCAACGUUUGGCCUUUCCAAUUUUAAUUCUCUGAUUUCAAGGGACAAGCAAAAUAUAUCACAUAUCAUCAUACAGGCCUCUGGAAAACAUAUCAUAUUAAGCUGCCUUGCAAUGCAUAUUACUUACUGCUAUUAUUUAAAGCGUUUUAAGCCGCUUUUUAGAGCUACAAGCUCUGAAAGGGACAUACAGAGGAGCGACAGACAUGGCACAGAUAUUCACAGCUGAACAAGUUAAUAGGAGGAGCUGUUCUGAAGACUACAGCUAUUUUUAUUAUCACUGUGAAAAGGAAAGAGACUCUCUCUCUCUCUCUCUCUCUCUCUCUCUCUCUCUCUACUGUAUAUAUAUUUAUCCAAAGGAAUAUUCAUUAACUGCUACUUCAAAAAGGGACAUCAUCUUUCCAUCACUACAAAUAUGUGUCUUUCGACCUUGGCCCUUUUGUUUUCAUUCCACCUGAGCAUAAAUGCAUCUCUGCGGCAUUUUAAAUUCAAUUUCAAUAGCACAGCUCGUUCCACAAUUAUUAUUUCCCUUAGGUAUGAGCUAGAUAGCUGCAAAAAAUGUAUAUAUUAUUAUAUGAACAGUGACAGAUAAAUCCCAAUUAAAAAGCAAUAGAAGUUUGGAAGCCCCUGCUCUGAGGUUUUUGCUUUCCUUUACAGCAAAGGCCUCAUGAAUCUAGCUAGCUCCAGCAGCUGGUUUAACUACCAUCAGGCUUAUGUAUUUAUAGAAAAGCUGGUGAGCAGAACCGCCCUCCCCGCCCCCCUUUCACACAUCCAUACACACAGAUAAGGAGAGAGUGCAUUAAGUCAGUUUGUUCUUCCAACUGUGCCAUCUGUGGUGCAAAGUGGGGAUUGAACCCUAGCAGCCUCUUAAUUUAUUUCAGGUAAAGAUAAUACAGAAACGAUUUUCAUAUUUUUUUUUUUUACCUUCAUUGUUCUCCCUGGUGGCAUUUAUGAUGUCAUUUGCUGAACACCUGCCGUUUUCGUCCUCUGUUAACUGUGUGACAGGUUCAUGUUGCAAUAUGGCAUCCAAUUCGUGGAAAAACUUCAUGGUCUUUGUAGCAUCUCCUGAGGUGUGGGCAUAUUUAACUGUCCUAUAUUCAUAUUUCAGGUUUUUAUACUUUGCACGACAUUGUUUCCAGUCUCUGCAGAUCCCCAGCUCCUGUAGCCUUUUAGCAAUGUAAAUAAAUAUUCCUUUAUUCCUUAGUGUUCCAUGGAGUUGCUUUCUGAUGUUUUUUUCUGACCAGACGCUUAACAAGGCUUUAACCUCCUCCUCAGUCCAGUGCCUUCCUGCUCCACUCUCCAUGUUGAAAGUGACCUGGAAAUGAUUCACUAUUUCUAGCCAAGAUUUUGUUUCCUAGGAAACCAGACGGCUGGUUGUCAGUAAGCUCCACAGAGAUGAAAGGAUCUAGUUUUACUGGCUCAAGCUGCCUGAGGGGAGUAACUUGAGAAACUGCCAAAUAAGCAGGUUCCGUAUUAGAGGCAGGAAAAUAAAGCAGCUCAGGCACAAAUGAUUACAAAGUAUGUUAAUAAUUGGCACUCUGAAUAAGCUGUUUUCUGCUUGACAAAAUGCAUUCUUUAACCCUUGUUGUGCACAGUGCUUUAAAAUGAAAAUUGAGACUCUAAAUAUAUGCUGCAGACUGAAUUGCAAUAGCUUUGGACCCUUGUGCUGUAAUACUUACUAGCAAGUAAGUGCCUUUGAUUUCAAAGUACGUUCAAGUAUAUUAGGAUCGCUGCCAUAAGCCUAUGAUUCACAAUUUGGCAUGUUUAUACGUACAGUGGAUUGAUCUAGUCUAACGGCAAAUUUAGCAGUUUAAGUAAAUUCUGUAUCCACAUGUUUAGGCAUUUUGUGAUUUGUAGCAAACAGAAUGGUUGUAGUUUAUAUUUUGAAGAUUUAAAGGUACAGUGGUACCUCGGGUUACAGAAACUUCAGGCUACAGACUCUGCUAACCCAGAAAUAGUAUCUUGGGUUAAUAACUUUGCUUCAGGAUGAGAACAGAAAUCAUGCUCCGGUGGCGCGGCAGCAGCAGGAGGCCCCAUUAGCUAAAGUGGUGCUUCAGGUUAAGAACAGUUUCAGGUUAAGAACGGACCUCCAGAACAAAUUAAGUACUUAACCCGAGGUAACACUGUAAUGCUAAUAAUUUCAUGUGGGUGACAUUUAUUUGAGUUUACCAACAAUGCACAAAAAUGAGCAACCAAAAAAAUAAGACCAAAUUAGUCUUGGAGAACCUAUAUUAGUCUUUUUUAUUGUCCAGAAAAGUAGAUUUGUCUUUUCCAAAUAAAAGCUUUGGUUUUUUCUCAAAAAUAACAAAAUAAAAAUACAUAUUGUAUUGAAUUCAGACUUAGUCACACUUAGAGUUGACCCAUUAAAAUCAGUGGAACUUAAGCUGAUCAUGACUAACCUGAGUUUCAUGAAGUUCAACAGGCCUGCUCUAGCUAUGGUUAUGCCUAUAUCCAGCCCAUAAAUGUUGGUUGUAUAUAAUUAAAACUACUUUAAACAGCUCUUCAUUUUAUUUUUAUACAUUCCUGUCACCAUUGCUCCGUGUAGAUACAGUAUUUUGCAGUAGGUUUGUUUUCUCCCACUUAAUUGUCAACAUGCACACGUGAGCAAUUUAAAAGAUGCUUCAAUACCUGUAGAGCCAGUUGCAUGUUGCAGAUACUGAUUGUAGGUGAUAUUGCUAUGGUAUGGUUUGUUGUUUCCAAGUCUUCUCAUCUGUUCCUGAGAAGGGUACAUGUAUAUUUUAUGUCCUUGCAAAUGCACAAAGGUUUCUAGGGACACACUUUGGUAAUCUUUGGUAAUCUGGCACCCUGAGCAAGGCCAAAAUUUGGCGCCCCAAAAUGGAUCGUCUUGAUUAUGAAUUGUCUCAAUUUUGCUCCCCCUUCGCUUGGCACCCUGUGUAGGGGAACUGCUCACUGCCUUAGGAUUCCAUGCCCCCUUAAGAUUCUUUGUGCUUUCGCAAAUCUGGCACUGUGGGUUUGUGAUGGGUGAAAGCAUUUCCUGUUGGGUUGUACAUAAAUCCAGCAAGAGAAAGUGACCUGCUUCAGGCUAUACCUUGAAGAGUGGGGUGAUAGAUGAAGACAGGAAUUGUUGCAUAAAUGGUCUUCUUGCAAUAUUUAACAUGGUGUCCCUGCCUGGGAUGGGGGAUUUGGACCGUGUUCCAGGGAGCAAAACAUCUUGAGUCAGCACCGGUAAAGAAGGGGAUGCCUUGUUGUCAGACAGUGAAAAUGUCAAUGAAUGUAGGCUAAUAAUAAUAAUAAUAAUAAUAAUAAUAAUUAAUAUUAUUUAUUACUUAUAUCCUGCCCAUCUGGCUGGGCCUCCCCAGCCACUCUGGGCGGCUUCCAACAGGAUAUUAAAAACAUAAUAAAACACCAAACAUUAAAAACUUCCCUAAACAGGGCUGCCUUCAGAUGUCUUCUAAAAGUAAGAUACAGGUAGUUUCCUUGACAUCUGGUGGGAGGGCGUUUCACAGGGCGGGUGCCACUACCGAAAAGGCCCUCUGUUUGGUUCCCACAAUUCUUUUAUGGAAGCCAGGUGCUUUCAAUGUUUGGUAGAUUUGGCAACCUUUAUGGCCUCAGUAAAGGAUCAACUAACUGAGCUACAACACGGGUGGGGAAACUCGAGUCCCAGUAUUGGUUGGGCUCCAGUUCCCACCGGCUGCAGCCAGUGUGACCAGUGGCCAAGGAUGAUAGGAGCUAUCGUCUAGGGUUGCCAUAUUCCAAACAGUGAAAAUCCGGACAGAAAUUUUACAGAUAAUCGGCAAAGAAUGACAUUGCUAACAUGGGCUGCCAUGCGUACAGAUUUUACUGGACAUUUUGUAGAUUUUCCAUCCAAACGCCACUGCCGACUGCAGCGUUCCAGAUAUGUCUGGGAAGUUUCAGACGUAUGGCAACCCCACUAUAGUUGUGUAACUUCUGGAGGGCCACAGGUUCCCCAUCGCUGAGCUACAGUCUGGAGAGAAAAUAUUUUUAUUUUACUUUUUUGGAGAGCCCAAGGGCUAUCUAAAAAGAGGGACAACUGUAUGGUAUGUGCCCCUCUCACAUCUGGCAAACAGGUUUGGCAGGGUGUUCCGGUUGUCUCAAAAUCCUGCGGAACCUUCCCAGAAGGGAAGACUAGGACUAAAAAUGUGGAUACACCUUGGGAAGUAAAACCUUCACAGCCAUGGGCAUAGCCAAGGGGCGGGGCAACUGUCCCCCCCAUCAAUAAAAAUCAACAAAAAUACAUAUCUAACUGAGGUUCUGCACCCCCCCCAAACAAAAGGCCUACCUUGCCUAACAAAAAUCCUGGCUACGCCUAUGUUCACAGCCCUGCAAUUCCUUUUUAGAAAUGCCACCACACUUCUUCAUCCUUAGAAAAGCACAAUACAGUGCAGUGCAAUAUAGAUAAGAAAGUGUAUUAGUGUCAGCAGAAACAAAUACAAAUUAAAAACAAAACAAAAGCAUAUUACGUAUCUGCUAUCACACUGAACUUGUUUGUAAGAUUUUGUGUUUCUUACAAAUGCCACCCCAAUACUGUACUUCCUUUCUGGAACCAAAGCCUUGUACCUGGAUUUGGUGGUUGAUAAGGGAAGGUGAAAUUCGGGAGGAUGGGGUUUCUCUUGCUGUAGGAUUUUUCCCCCUUUAAGGUUAUCUGUUUGCAUACAAAUAUGUUCUCUAGGCAUUUUGAUACUUCCAUAUUGUGUAUGGAUGGUGCUGCUUUUGCUACAUACGAAUCCACACUUGGAUAAUGUGAAUAUAUAAAUGCCAUUUUGGUACCAUCAUCUGCUUUUGCUUUUCUCCUAGAGGCCAAGAGAGUGCUGGGAUUGUGACAAGUGAUGGCGAGUCAGCCCAUACAUUCAAACUACACAAGGUAAACUGGGAAGCUUGUUUACUGUUUAUAUAGUUAAGAGAAGGUGUGGCUUUCACACGUAGAAACUUUUCCGUUUCAGACUCUGAGAUGUUAAAAAUAAUGCUGAGAAGCUGAAAAACCAUUCACUGCAUAUAUACCUGAGGUAAACCUUGCAGAAGCUGCAUAGCUGAACAAGGUUUUGAAUAUAAGUUUCUAGUAUCUAAGCUAUAAAUUGUGUAUAGCAGCACAACAUGCUACUUCAAACACAACAGUUUACCUGAAAGAGGAGCAGGGAAAGUGAGCAAAAGAUAUACAUCAUCGCAUGUACCCAUUUUUUGGGGCAAGAGUACCAUGUGUAUGGAGUCACUAAACCUUUAAAAGAAAUGCAGCCUAGCCAAAUUAUAUUAUACAGUAUCUGUGCUCUGUGAUAAUGCAGGGAAGAUGUGAUGGAUAAAGUAGAGUUGCCAACUUUCUCAGUUCUAUUUUGUCCCUGCCUUAAAAAGCUUCACCUGUUUAUUUUCUGCAGAUCAAGCUGCUGUUAAGGACACAGCGAUUGAAUAUUAGGUCAAUGCCCCUUACGCUGGAGAUCCUAAUGUGAAGCCAAGUGGUUUGAAAGUUAGUUCAGAUAGACAGUGAUUUGCCCUAGGCCAGGCAGUAGUUUACAAACAAAAACUAUUGCUACUACACCACAAUAGCAUAACUUUAUUUACCUAUUCCAAGUGCCAAAUGAUCAUUACAUUAAAAUUUGUUGUUGUUGUUACUACUACUACUACAACAACGGUUUAUUACUUGCCUUUCAUACACUUAAAACACAACAUUAAUAUUAAUAUAAAAUAUUAUGCAGUAUUUAAAACUGUUUAAAACAACCUGAAAUUACAAAAAUAAGGCGGGGCCAUAUAUAUAUGGACCCACCUUAUUUUUGUUUUAUAUAUAUAUAUAUAUAUAUGUAUAUAUAUAUAUACACGCGCGCACACACAUCUCAAGGGUAAAAGAGAUGCCUCUUCAGUAUUUACCGAAAGCUGUGUCUAGUGAAGGUGCUAGAUGCAGGUAAAGGUAAAGAUAAAGGUAAAUGACCCCUGGACUGUUAAGUCCAGUCAAAGGCCAAGGAAGCGGGCGUUUGUCCACAGACAGCUUUUUGGGUCAUGUGGCCAGCAGGAUUAAACUGCUUCUGGUGCAACAGAACACUGUGAUGGGUGUCCCAGUAUUGUGCUAGAUGCACCUCUGUGGAAAGGGAGUUCCACAACUUAGGGGCUGCCAUGGAAAAUGUGUUUUCCUAGACUGCUGCACCCUAAGCUUCUGAGGGUGGUGGAACAACUAAGAGGGUAACCUCCUAUGAUCUUAGCAUCCCAGAGGGUCUGUAGGAAAGGAGGUGGUCUUUCAGACAUUUGGGGCCUGAAUCUUUUUAGGGCUUUAAACGCUAACAUGAGCACCUCGAAUUGGGCCAGGGAAAGAACUGGCAAUCCAUGCAGCUGUUUUCAAACAGGGCUUAUACGAAAUGUGAAGGGAUUGCUGCUGCAUUUUGGGCCAAUUGAAGUUUUCAAGUCGUCUUCAAUCUGGAAGUUUGGGGACAGGAACUUGUUUGUGUGUGUGCGCACAUGUAGAUUAAGUUUAGCUUGCUAAAAUAUUCUGGGCAGUAUUGGAAACUGCUCUUAAGAGCAUGUAAUCAUUUCCCAUUCUUGUUUUGCAGGGGAUGGGUCUGGUUAAUCAUGUGUUCAGCGAAGACAGUCUGAAGAAGCUGUACAUUUCAAAUCUUGGAAUUGGCCACACAAGAUACUCUACCUCCGGAGUCUCUGUCUUGGAUAACUGUCAACCAUUUGUUGUGGAAACUCUGCAUGGGAAGAUUGCUGUAGCUCACAAUGGGGAGCUGACAAAUGCUGCACGACUGAGAAGAAAGGUACAAAUUUCCCAUCCUGUAGUUCUUUUGGUCUACAGCUCUCAAGGCCAUUGGUUUAGAAGGAUGGGCAGGGCCGGCCCACUCAUGAGGCAAGGUGAGGUGAUUGCCUCAGUGGGCAGGAUCCACAGGGCAGCAGAUUCCGAUGUAGAUCUUUAUUCCCUCCUUGUUCGUGAUGUAGAUCUUCACUCACCCCUUCUUCCCUAGCUGGGAUGGGGGGCACCAAAAGGUCUUGGGCAGCCCUGAAGAUGGGACAUGUAGUCCCACAACAUCUGGAAGGCACCAGGUUGGGGGAGGCUGGCCCAGGAUUCAGGAUUCUAAGCAUGAAGAAGCAGAACAUAAUAGUAAAUUUGCAUUUAUAAGUGGCACAUAACCAGGUUUUUGUUAUAUUUGACGGUAGGAAAAUAGUCAAAAUAACAAAUCAUUAGUAUGAUAAGCAUAAAUGUGAACAACUGUUUUCAUGAUAUUGAGACCAUCCACAGAUCCCAGGGCAAGUGCCAAAAAGCCACAUUGCUAAUUUUGAACACCUGUCCUUCCCCUUCUGCAACAUACCAGAUCCUUAGUUGUCUUUUAUUUGCACUUCAGUUGAUUUCUUAUCCUCUUGUAGUUCAUCCACUGCCAUAUGCACAAUUUGUGAUAUAUAAGCAUAACAGUUUACAGCAGUGUUUUGAGAGGUACUUUCCCCCCCUUCCAUGACUUGCUUAUGAUUACUAAGGAAUGACCCAAGGAUUGGCUUAUUUUUCACUACUGAAUAUGGAAGGAAACAGGGUUAUGAUUUUAUACCAUGUUAUAUUCCAAGGAUUCUUCACAGCAUUCACAGUUUAAAUCCUGGAAAUACGAAGAGGAAGCGGGAAUACCAAAGUGACAUGCAAAAAUAAAUGUACACCUACCUCCCAUUGUCUCUUUCUCUUAUCUAUAUUAUAUCCCAAAUUUAGUUAAAGUACCCAUCUCACUGAAGAGCUGAUCCCUACACGUAAUUUAGUAGCUCAGUCUUCCUUCCCUUGCCAAAGGUGCAAACAGCUCCUUCAGUCAUGAUUCCUCCUCUGAAUGUAUAGGACUGCUCUAUUAGGCUUGGACUUUUAAGUAAUGACAACUUCCUGCAAAAAAAUCGCAGUGCUCAGAAGACUCCUGUUGUCAGAUGUGUGGUUCUCCCGCUCUGACAUUUUCUUUCCCAGAGCUACUAUUCCUCAGAAGAAGGGAUAACAGUUUAACCAGUUCAAAUGUGUGGUGUAGAUGUCCUCUUUGUGCCCUUCCCCUUUGGAUACCACUUCUUUUGAUUUUAGAGAGCAGAAAUUGGCCCGCGUCACUUCUGUUUUCUAGACCAUUGGUGUAGGUAUGCAUGUACUUGUCCAUGUUUCUUCUACAGAUAAUGCGAGAGUUGCAUAUACUUGAUUAAUGCUGCAUUUUGGUCCUUUGUUUGAUAGCUAAUGCGCCAUGGAGUGGGACUCUCUACCAGUUCUGACAGCGAAUUGAUCACUCAGCUGCUGGCAUUCACACCCCCUUUGGAGAAUGACGACACCCCAGAUUGGGUAGCAAGGUAAAGCAAUUGGUUUGAAGGGAAAUAAGCGAAAUAAGCAGCACUAAGCCAAAGGAGUACAGUGGUAUCUCUGGUUACGAACUUAAUUCGUUCUUAACCUGAAACGGUUCUUAACCUGAGGUACCACUUUAGCUAAUGGGGCCUCCCGCUGCCGCCACACCACCAGAGCACGAUUUCUGUUCUCAUCCUGGGGCAAAGUUCUUAACCAGAGGUACUACUUCCGGGUUAGCGGAGUCUGUAACCCGUAGUGUUUGUAACCCAUGGUACCACUGUAUAUUAAAAGAGCUCUCAUAUUCCAGGAUAAAAAAUCUGAUGAAUGAAACACCCACUUCAUACUCACUUCUGAUGAUGCAUAAAGAUAUUAUCUAUGCUGUUCGUGAUCCCUAUGGGAACCGUCCACUCUGUAUUGGCCGUCUUGUUCCAGUAGGUGAUAUUAGUGGAAAAGGUAAGACUUCAUAUUAUGUUUUAUGCCGCCCAGAGUGGCUGGGGUAAUUGUUGUGGUGGUUGUUGUUUAAAUCUCUAAGCUGCACCGAGUUCCUGUUAGGGGAAAAGGUGGGGUAUAAAUAAAUAUAUCACUAUCAUCAUAUUUGAUAUGUUUAUAUGUGAGCUAUGCUUUGAGUUAACUGCAUCAAUGUUCAUUUUGAAACACUUACCACUUGUACUCUUUAUGCUUUUAAUGUUCAACUACAUAGAUAAACAUUGGAUUUAGUGGAAGAACAGUAAUCCUACAUGAAAAGAGGAAACAUAAAGUGGAAAAAAGACAUAACUCAGGAGAAAAUAGGGUUCUAGUUACAAUGAAUGCAGUCUUAAGUAACAGUGAUAAAAGCCUAAUACAAGUUGCUAUUAUAUCAAAUUACUAGGGUUGCCAUAUUUCAAAAAGCAAAUGGUAGAAUAGAGGAAAUAAUUUUGUUUCUUCUGCUUAAGUUUCUGGCUCAGUUCUCUUGUGAUUGCAUCAUGAAAUUUUAUAUAAUAUACACCUGAAAUAAAAUGCAAAAUUCUGGGUAGUAAUGUUAUUAUUCAUCCAUAACACCUGAGAUAUUGGGAACAUAUAGGCAACCAAUAAAUACAACAAGAAUGUGUGUCUAGUUACAUAGGUACAUCUUCAGAAACACUAUAAAGAUUAAUUCUAAGCAGCUCAAUCUAGACUGAAUUUUUGGGACAUCUUUUGGUAGUUAGAUCAGCCACUAACUUGUGUUUUUAUGUUGGAGCAAUGUCACACUUUACAUAGCAGUUGUGUUUGCUGUGGUUACAUCCUGUGUUGCAUCUUGCAGUAACCAUGAAAAAUGUGAAGGAAAUAUUAAUUCCUAAGCAGACAGUUGACAUGUGCUGAUUAGCUAUGGUUGUGUCAUGCUUUCACAGACAGGCCUAUUUAGGGAUACAUUUCUGCCCUUCGCAAUAUAUAAUAUGUGCUGUAGCAAACACCAGUAUAGUUUACAACAAACAGAAUUACUGUUGAAUGCAUGACUGAGUUUCACGGUCAUAUCACUCGUGGUUGGCCAUCAGUCAGAUAAGAUGUUUUACAAGCAAUGUCACCACUGGAGUAAUACUUUCAGAUGCUGCAUUGAUAAAUUAUCAGCAGUAUUAUAUUUGAUUGUUGUCGUUUGAGAAAGGUAAUGAGCAUUUGCAACAGAUUUUUAAAGACCUAGUAACAGAGUUAAGUUGGUACACUGUUCUACUGUUGUUACUUUAUUCUGCAACUCUGUAUUACUUUUCCUUUGACAAAAAAAAAUCAAUUGGAAGGGUUUUUUUAAUGCUGUUAUUACUCUUUUAAACUUUAUUACAGGGAAAACUAAUGCUGAAACUGAAGGAUGGGUAGUUUCUUCAGAAUCGUGUAGCUUUUUAUCUAUCGGAGCAGAGUAAGUUCGUUUGUUACAUAUAGCUCAGUUGGUAGAGCAUGAGACUCUUAAUCUCAGAGUCGGGGGUUGGACUAGAUGACCCUCAUGGUCCCUUCCCAACUCUACAGUCCUGUGAUUCUGUGUUUCCUUACACUUGAAGUCAAAUCAGAUUAUUUCUGCUAUUUUGUACUACAACAAGAAAAGGUAUUGUUGGUCUGAAAAUUAAACUUCCAUUGAAGUCAAUGACCCAUUGCUUUGAAGGGAGCUGAAUUGCACACCAUCUAUAUUUAGAAGACAAAACACUGACAAGUGAUCUUUGACAACCAACCAACUAUUAGCCAGUUAAUUAUUUACUUUUCAUUUUCAUGCUUUUGUAUAAGUAAGUUACAUUUUAAAAAAGGACUCGUCAUAUUUUUGUGUUCAGAGAGCCAUGGAAUCGCGCUCUCUCGUUCCCCAGACUUCUAAGGAUAGCAACAAAAUGCGUCUUUAGAAUUUGGGGAGAGAAAAUGACAAAAAAUCUUUUGUUAAUGACGUGCAGAAUAAUGACCAGCAGUUUGUGAAAAAAGGCAAAGGCCAUUUAGAUUUUGCUAGGUAUCUUUUCCAUUUGGGGAGAAACUGCACAUGGGAUUGCUGGUAAACACUGCAUUCCUGACUUGAAUUCUUCCCUUGAUCCUUUGUAAUAAGUAACAACACUUCCAAAAUGACUUCUCAAGUUGCAUGUUUCUCUGCCUCCACUAGCCUACAGGUGGAAUGGAUGCAGAAAAAUGCAUGGCACCAUGACAUAACACACAAUAAGUGACACAUUACAACAGUGGGAACAGGAAAAAGGGGGAAACCAAUAUUUCACAAAAAGAAGCCUGUGGAUACCUGGAAUUUCCCUGUUAAGGCACCUGUUUGUUGCCAGAUUUUAGAAAAUGGCAGACAUGUUUAAUUCCAUUAUGAACUAUUAGUCUAACAGGAACUGACAAUAUACUUGACAAGUCUGCCAUCAGGCAAGCAUGAAGGUGGCAGCUAUAAAUAGAUUAUCAAAGAAGAUAAAAACUGAUUUAAUAAUGCCACUAUUUUCCAAAGACAUUUUGACACCUUCAGUCAGUUCACAUAUGACACUAAACAUAAGUAGUGUUACAUAACUGAGCCUUGCUGUCACCAGCUCCCUCCUUCUCUCUCAUGUCAGCUGAAUUAGUUAUUUCCUGGUAUUUAACAAGCUUUACAACCAGACACCCAACUGUGGGUUGCAUUUAUCUUCCAAAUCAGUUUCACAUUGUGAUCUGCAAACCUGGUUGGAUGGCAGCAAGAAAACCCUCAUAGGUUAGUGGUUGGCUGCAACACAAAGUAAGGGGAAGGAGGGAUCACACUGUGUGCAUUCAAACAACAUCAAACAAUGGUUUGGCACUGCAUGUGACCCAAACCAAUGUCUUUCAAUUUGCUCGUGCAUUAGUCAACUUCUAAUAUUCGACUUUUGCUUGGUUAACAAAACUAUUUUGUGAAACUCAGGGAUUUUUUUUACUCUGUGAGAUCAACAUUUGGAGCAUUGUGAUUGUUUAUUUCUCUAAAUCACAGUAAAUGUUAGUUAUACUUGCAUAUCUGUACAAUCUGGGAUAAUUAAAAUUAAAAUUCUUCACCAACAAAGCUGACUUUGGUGUUCUGUAUACAUUUUCAAGACUGAUCACAUUUGUUCUAGUUUUCCUAGUCAAUAUCUCCUAGAUAAGGAGAUACUAUAGGAUACUAAAGGCCUGCCUCUAACCUCUAGAAAUCUCAUUAAAUGUAAUCUUAUGCACAUAUACUCCAGAGUAAACCGAAUUAAGCUCAAAUGGACAGCGUCAGUCAUUUUCUUGCAACUGAGAUUUCAGGUAGUACUGCUUGAAAACAUUAUCUUCACAGCUACAAAAGGACUGAAAACUGAAUUUUUCAAAUGAGAUUUUCCAAAAUCUUAGUUCUAGAUCACAUUCUGAACUUAUUUAAUAUGUCUGAGAAAUUGUUGCAUGCACAAUAUUAUUGUGAUUUUGUCAGCCACCAAGGCAUGCACAUGCCCCCAGGUUUUUCCAACAGUGCCUAUAAUAACCAAUUCUCUUACAAUUGCAAUGUUUCUAAAGAUCAAUUUUAUGAAGAUUUAUAAUAUCUUACUUUAUUUUCCAGAUAUUACCGUGAGGUCAUGCCUGGAGAGAUUGUGAAGAUAUCCAGAUAUGAUGUCCAGACGUUGGAUGUUGUGCCAAGACCUGCGGGAGAUCCAUCAGCAUUCUGCAUUUUUGAAUAUGUGUAUUUUGCGAGGCCUGACAGCAUCUUUGAAGGCAAGCUAUGAAAUUUGCUUUAUCAGUUGUUCUUUUAGAUUGAAGAAAAUUAUACCCACAUAAUUGAAUCAAGAUCCACAAAAACGUUGGACAAAAUUUUUCAGCAAUUGAGGGUACAUUAGGAAAGUCUCACAAGAUCAAUUUUAUGGCUAUGUUUAAUGUAUUGUGAAAUCCAGUUAGGUCUUCAGCAUCUAUAGGGAGCAGGGUAGGGUUACUUGGAGAGCUGAGAGCUUUCCUUACAGAUUCUAUACAGGGACAGAAAAAUAAUCUUCAUGAUUUUCUGCUAGUCUAAAUCGUAAUAAUAAAUAAAUAACACAAGUUUUUUUCCAGUGUGGUACCAGAAGCUGUAUUGUGGUACUUUGUGGGUGGGUAGCUGGGUUGAAAAGGAUUUUUUGGACCAAUGGCCUGGUUGCCCAUUUGCACGAUACAUUUUUAAAAAAGAUAAAAUAGAGGAGACUAUUUGGUUAGAUUGCAGAGCAUCAUAAUGAGUGCAGUGUAUUUCCCUUUACAAUAUCUAUGGUCACACACAUCUUCCUACUUUUUAUUUGAAUGUUGCUUUAUUUGUAUUGUUAAAAAAAUCAUUUCAGUAAAAGGAAAGAAAUAGUCCUUGUUAACAGAGCAAAUGCUGAAGAGAUUGGGUAACAGGAGUGAGCCAGCAGUAAAUCACACUGAGCAAGUCAGAGUUAGUAAAGGUAAAGGGACCCCUGACCAUUAGGUCCAGCCGUGACUGACUGUGGGGUUACGGCACUCAUCUUGCUUUAUUGGCCGAGGGAGCCAGCGUACAGCUUCCGGGUCAUGUGGCCAGCAUGACUAAGCUGCUUCUGGCAAACCAGAGCAGCACACGGGAACACCGUUUACCUUCCCACCGGAGUGGUACCUAUUUAUCUACUUGCACUUUGAGGUGCUUUCGAACUGCUAAGGUGGCAGGAGCAGGGACCGAGCAACGAGAGCUCACCCCGUCGCAGAGAUUUGAACCACCAACCUUCUGAUCGGCAAGUCCUAGGCUCUGUGGUUUAACCCACAGCGCCACCCGCAUCCCUAAGUCAGAGUUAACUAUUAGCAAAAACAGGAUCUGCACAGGAGUGUCAGGCCUAUUGAGCACAGCAACGGGUCUUGCCUCCAUGAAGCAGUUGAUGAGACAGACAGUCCCUGCCUCCCCAUGGCUGCCAAAGUCUCAAAGGUUUUUUCCAAGCAAUCUGAGACUGCGCCUGCAUUAAGCUAGCUUCUCCUCUGCCUUCUUUGUGCCUCUCCUGGUUCUGGGAAACCGGGGGGGGGGGCCUGUCACAGCAGGAGGGGGAGACACCCAUGCCUCUUCACUAGCCAGACUCAUCUCUGCCUUUUGGCCUCCCUCCCCUUCUGCCUCAGCUUCUGCCUCUUGAUUCUGGGUUUCUCUCUGCCACAGACUCCUCCUCCGCCAAGCCCUGUUACUUCUCCAGCUUCUGAUACUUCCUCCCAGUCUUCUCCCUCUGACCACUCAUUAUCACCCCACUGCCACUUCCCGGGCUCUGAGCCUUCCUCCCUGCUAGCUCCUCCUAUCUAUUCAGCAUUCCUCUCCAUCCAACCAGUCCGUGACACUGGGUUUAAACCUUUACUCUUGCCUUGGAUUUUUAAAGGCAGCAGGAAAAAAAUCAGUUGAAGAUGCUGGAAUCAAAACUGUACAGAACAAAUCCAAGUUUUUUUCUCAUUCUCCACAGGUCAAAUGGUCUAUUCUGUACGGAGGAGAUGCGGCCAACAGCUUGCAAUUGAAGCCCCAGUGGAAGCUGAUUUGGUUAGCACAGUCCCAGAAUCUGCAACACCAGCAGCCCUUGGAUAUGCGCAAAAGGUAAUGUGCCUGAUUCUUCUCUUUAAUCUGAAAUCUCAUAUUUUUGUUGUUGUUUUUUAUUAAAAAAAUUAAUUGACAUAAUACAACUUGUAACACAAAACAUUUUAACACAGAUGUUUAUCUUGUAGCACUAAAACUUUCAAUCUUGCCUUCCUGAGAGCAAUUCAAGCCAAUUUACAAGAAAAAGAUAAAUACAUAAAACUAAUGAAUUACUUUUAAAAACAACAACACAGCAUUAACAUAGACUAUAAAUACACAUGAAAUAAAAUUCAACAGUCAGAGAAAAAUAUUACCACACCCCCUCACCGCCAGCCCUGUGUGAAUUAAUAGCUUUUUAGCAUUUUCCAAAGAAAUCCCCCAAACACCAGUGAAGUUCAUGUUUUCUCCAAGAGAUUGCAUAAGUUUCUUUGGUUGUUGUAGUUGAACUGUUCCCACUUAGUCAACUCUUUUGUGUAUAGAAAAGAAAAGGAAUGUUGAUGGAGAAUUGAUCUUAGCCACUUCACUUUCUAUGGUACUUUGACUUUUACAUUGUCUCUUUUUUCUAGUGUGGACUACCAUACAUUGAAGUACUGUGCAAAAACAGAUAUGUAGGAAGAACUUUUAUUCAGCCAAACAUGAGGCUAAGGCAGCUCGGAGUGGCCAAAAAAUUUGGAGUCCUGUCAGACAACUUCAGAGGGAAGCGUGUUGUCCUUAUUGACGAUUCUAUUGUACGAGGCAACACCAUUUCACCCAUAAUUAAACUACUGAGGGAAUCCGGUGCUAAAGAGGUAAGAAAGUAUUGCUGUCAGAUUUUGAGGAAGACCUGACUGAGGGACAAGACUGGCGCAGUUUCAGCUUUAUAAUCGUCUCUCAAGUGUCUUGAUUGAGGUGAAGGUAGUCUAAGAGCAAAACCAAAUUUAUUGGCUCUGUUGCCAACCAAUCAGACCUCACUCCUCCUUGUAGUGACUUUGAAUUUUGCUGGUGCUCCCUGUUGGAAUUGUGGGUGUUGAAGUGGGUAUUGUUUUUGUUGCUUAUUAAGAUAUGCAUUUUGUGUUUUUAUAUUGUAAAUCACUAUGUGAUCUUCGGAUGAAGGGCAGUAUAGAAAUUACAUAAAUAAUGGUAAUAAUACGAAUGAAUGGCAUAAUUGAAACAGUGUCAAUAUCAUAAUAGCAUUUCCCCCCCUUCCUCCCUAGGUGCACGUUCGUGUAGCUUCGCCUCCAAUAAGAUUUCCUUGUUACAUGGGAAUAAACAUUCCAACAAAAGAAGAACUCAUCGCCAAUAAGCCCGAAUUUCAUGACCUAGCCAACUACAUAGGUAAAACAUUAUAUUUUCUAUCAGUGUCAAUAAAGGUACACAUAGAAACAUGGACACUCUUUGUGUUAAACAGCUUGGGUGGUGACUACCCUCUGGCAGAAGUGAAUCUACCAGUGAAACAGGGAGAGAGACAAUUGUCAGCUAUGCCCGACCCUUUUUAAAGCUGCAGUAGAGAUUGGAAGAUCCUCUGGAGCAGAUUUAGGGAGGGUAUAGGGUGCUUCAGAAGAUCACCGAAAAUUGCCUCCUUUCCUAUUCUGCUGACAGAUUUCCAUCCGCUAGAGGACCUCACCAUUGGGUACCACCUUCUUCAUCUUUAGGGUGUGUACAAUGGUGCAGCCUUUUUUAAAAAAUAUUUUUUUGUCUUUUUUCUCCUCUUAGGAGCCGACAGUGUUGUUUAUCUUUCGGUAGAAGGAUUGGUAUCAUCUGUGCAAGAAAGCAUCAAGGCAAAACAAGAUAAUGAAAACAACCUUAAGUCCAACAAGUUUCGGGCGGGGAAAAUUGGCCAUUGCAUAGCAUGCCUUGUUGGAAAAUACCCUGUAGAGCUAGAAUGGUGAAUUUCCAGAAUACAGUUGCCACUGAAUUAAAGUUGGAACUGACAAGAUGUAUCACACCCAAAGGUGUGUCGUAAAUUGCUACCAAGGAAGUUAUCAAACCACUCAUUUUAUUUAAAUCUUUAUUUGGGAUAGUGAGGACUGUUCAAGAACUUGAAAUAAAAUGCAAAAAUUGUGCUGUAACUUGGGGCGGCAAAGUUUCUUGAUUCCUUAGCUGGCCUAAUCCUGCCAAGAAACUUGAUCUCUUCUCAGGCUUUUAUUCACAGCCUUGGUUUAUUACAAAUGACAUUCUGAAAGAAACUGCGAGCCAUUAAGUCAUUUCAAUUUUUUGAACAGGGUUCAACCAGGGCGGGCGGGGGGGGAAUGUGAAAUUUGGUUUUAUAUACAAUGGUACCUCUGGUUGUGAAUGGGAUCCGUUCCGGAGGCCUGUUCACAACAUGAGUGCAUCUGCGCAUGCGCGAGCGGCGAAACCCAGAAGUAACCCUUUCCGGGUCGCCUCGGGAUGCAACCUGAAACAAACGUAACAAGAGGUAUGACUGUACAUGACAAAUUCUGAAUUCAUAGAAUUCUGAAUUCCAUGCUUCCAUAGAAAUUUUUAUCUAGCUGUUUGAGUUCUGUUUAAGAAUGAAGUAAGUGCCUGUAUUUUUGCUUAUGUAACUAAAUUCAUGUGUAAUAACUUGCUUCCAAAGAGACUGAAUAUUAUUUUUAUACAAUAUGUUGCUGAGACUGGGAGACUCAGGGAAGUACUAAACCAAAAUUCUCUAAUACCUUGAGCCUUAACGAAUUCAAACCUGAAUAUAGAUAUACUGUCUUAUUGUGAUUUCAUUGUGUGUCAAAGGGAUUUGACAGGGGAAAUUAGGCUAAUAACCAUCCUGAGUGCUAUGAUUUAUUUUGCUAAUUUUCCUCACUAUGUUUUCGUUGUGAAUACUUAAUUGUGAUCUGAGUGAAUGUUUUUACUGAAUGUAAGCCUUCAAAGAAGACUCAAAACAUUGAAAAAUUAUCAUGUGGACUUAUUUUGGUAGAGUAUUUUAAUGUAUGGUAGUGUUAUAUAUAUAUAUAUAUCUAUAUAUAUAUAUAUAUAACUCUUUAAUGUAUAUAUAUUACUGCUUUGUUCAGUGGGUUUUUUUUUUUUAAUGUUGUGCUUUUGUGAAUGAAAUCUAAAUAAUUCUUUGGUGGUUGUAAAAUGGUGACCUAGAUAUCUGAGUUGAAUUAGAAUUGCAGCUCAUUCUAACCCAAUUCAGAAAUCACUGCUCAUGCAUUGAAUUGAUACAUGAGCAGAGCCUGUUCCUGGUGUCACCUAGCCCAUGGCUCCUCAGAGUGAACAUGCAUGUCAGUUUGGAAAUCUUCAUAUAGCAUGAAGCCUGUGUACAUUCACACAGAAGUCUGUGCAUGUAGCCUUGCCUUAACACAUGAAGCCUUGACUUUUCAAGACGCUUAAAAAUUUCCAUGAAUGCAGAGUUUAGCACACUGUUGCAAUGUGGCCUGUGCUGUGCCAAAAAGUGACCAUUCUUUUGAAAGAAAGAGCAAUCUCAACGUCCUGCAGGGACCUGGUUUAUUCAAAUAGAACAGCCUUCCUAACCAGUUCUUCAGCAGAACGGAUAGUUCGAAAAGGCUGCCAGGAGGCACAUUAGAAGAAAGUUUAUAUACACAGCACACAAAGACUCAUAAAAUGCCACAACACACUUCCACUUGAAUCAAGAAAGGUCAUGGGACGCAUGGCUUAAUGUGGAUAUCGACUCCUCUGAAAUUAUCUUGGGGUCUCCCAGAGUGCCCAGGUCAUUUGGGUCUGAUAUGUCUCCCUUUGACACCAUGCCCAUGGCAACCAGGACUUCCAUGGGACUGCUGAAAGUGACCUUUUUUUUACCAUUCUCCCAUCGAGUAAUGAGUAAAGAAACUGCAUUCAAAAACUGGCAAAGAGGGGAGCUUUUUCACAUCGGGAAGGGCAGGCGACCCAGUAACCUUUCUUCAGCACUUUGCUUUUCCUGGUUGCUUCCUGAUGUGAAAAAGCCCCGAGGCUUACCUUAUGGCAAAAACCAUACACCUCACCUUUCAGAAUUACAAAAAUUAGCUCCCCUCUUUGCCAGUUUUUGAAUGCAGUUUUUGAAUUACUCAAUGGGAGAAUGGUAAAAAGAGCUCACUUUUUUGCACUGCACCACCAGAUUUCACCCUCUUUACUUUCCCUGUCAACUUCCUUCUUUUAAUCAAUGCCUGCAUUUCUGAGAAGUUUCCUCUUUUGAAGUCAAAUGUGGCCGUACCAGACCUGCUUGGCAAAUGUCCACUUAUAUAUAUGUUGAAUUUGACAGCACUGUGGCCGCUGACUCCUGUAACAACACAUCUCACACCAGGUCCAGGACUCCACUUACGAUGCAACCGAGGGUUGCUUCCCCUCUGGUCAGUUUCAAGACAACUUGGUUCUAGGGCUAAGUCACCCUGUUUAAUAUUACUUUGUCAUGACAGGAAUCUGUAUUUAUUUCUCUAGAACAAACACACAAACAUGUUAAUAGAGAACCAAUGGGCAAUAGCAUAUUUUACGAAUAUUGUUCCAAACAAAUGGAGCGAAGAUAUAAAGGAUUGAAGUACCUAUGUUAGGAAGAUGACUUAUACCAGGUGGCUUUAUUUGUCCAUCUUGCAGAAUCCAAGCAUAUCAGCCAAGAGACUUUUCACACUACCUCCUACUGAGCCCUUUUUAAAAGGGAAAAUGCCAGCGAUUGAGUCAAGCACCUUCUGCCUGCAGAAACACGUAUUCUAUCACAGAAGUACGCCCCCUUCUUCGUAAGGUUAUAUCUCUACUGUAUUAAAGGCCUAUUCUUAAAGGUU